UCUCAGUCUCUAUUCCUCCUCUAUGUCUCUCGCCCAUUUUUCUCUCUCUCUCUGUUUGACUUCUACUUUUUGGAUCUUUGCUGUAUUUCAGGAUAUUUCCUGGAUGUCCUGACGCCCAUAUAUGGACUUGGCUGUGAUUGCAGCUGGGAUUUGACAGAUCUGCUGUGUGUGUGAGUGUGUGUGUGUAAGCCAUGCUGCGUGUGUUUAUUCUGUGUGCAGAGCGUCUGCAGACGCCGGAUGACGACAUCAGCGAUUCCUACUGCACCGUCACCUACGAAGGUAAGGAUGGUCGGAGUGUGUUUUUGUGUGAAGUGACAUUAUAGUUCACCUUCUCCUCUCCGGGACAGCUGAGGGUUAUUCUAGUCCUGUUUCGUGGCUCCUGGUCUGUUUGGGGUGGGGCAGCGCCAGAGAGAAAGAGAGAGAGAGAGGUGAUGAUGGGAGAGCAGAGGGGGGAUGCAGCAGAGAUCGUGGACUGGGUUGUUUAGUUCACUUUCAAACACAGUAUGUUUGUGUCUGACAGUAGGACGGUCUGAUGUACAGACUUGCUGUAAAAUCCACUCUGUUUGUGAGACCGGACAUUCAUUUCUUGCGUUUCUGUGACAUCCAGAGACUUUUCCAACAUGCCAUCCAUGUGCCACAGUAAAAAAUAAACCGAUCUGUACGCAUCAAUUAGUGAUCAUCCAUAAAUCGAACCACAUCUGUUCUUUGGCUGUAUCAGACCACUGUUUCUGAAGCCCUUCACUCCGUCUAUAACGCGAUCUAAGUUAUCUCCGCUUCUCUUUCCUGCACUUUGACCUUUAACGCGAUGAGAGUUAGACUCCUACAGGCAAAGAUUUUCCCAUCACUGUCCUCCAUCUGAUCAGUGCGGCUCAGAAAACUUCUGUCAUUGUGUAACGUCCGACCAGACUCAAAGAUAAGCUUAUCUUGAAACUCCCAAAGGGGCUCCUUUAGGGUUUUUGUGGACCUCGAUCUGAUAGCCACUGUAGAUUUAAGUAACAUACUGAGUGAUCAUGUUAACACUAACUUUAACUUAAAGGGAUAUUCCGGCGUAAAAUUAAUUUAGGAUCAAACACACCGUAACACCGAGUUAGACACCCCUUCCAGAGAUGCAGAAUGGUUUCCUCUCUAGUUAAACCGACUUUAGUAACGACCGCACGAUAGCAAUACAGAGAGGUCUGAGGAGCCAUAAACAAACCUCAACCAAAACGCCACUCUAUAGCCACAAAUAAUGCUCAGAACAGAACCUAACUUCAUCAACAGGACAUAUAGGGUCACAGACAUAGUACUAGACACCAAACAUCUUUUAAACUUUGACUCAUUUCUUUAGCAAAGAGACAAAACACAACUCACCUACUCUCUUCCAGCAGCCGCUUGUUUAAGCGAGACCUCAGGCCAGACCAUUACGGACUACAGCGGGGUGCCGCAGCUCAAGGAAGAACAUUUAGGAUAACUUCUUUAUCAUUUCCUUGAAGUAAAAAUCACCAUAUUAAUCAUUUUUCUCUGCAGACACGGUAGUUCUCCUGUCUUAGCGUUUCAGUCUGAUUGUAUUUCCAUGAAGAAAUGAUCGUAAAUGUUCUUCCUUGAGCUGCGACACCCCGCUGUAGUCUGUAAUGGACUGGCACGAGGUCUCACUAAGAACAAGUGGCUGCUGGAAGAGAGUAGGUGAGUUGUGUUUAGUCUCUUUGCUAAAGAAAUGAGUCAAAGUUAAAAAGAUGUUUGGUGUCUAGUACUAUGUCUGUGACCCUAUAUGUCCUGUUGAUGAAGUUAGGUGCUGUUCUGAGCAUUAUUUGUGGCUAAAGAGUGGCGUUUUGGUUGAGGACGUGGCUCUCUGUAUUGCUAUCUUGCGGUCGUUACUAAAGUUGGUAUAACUAGAGAAGCAAGCGGUCGGCAACAUUCAUCUCUGGAGGGGGGGUCUAACUCGGGGUUACGGUGUCUUUGACCCUAAAUUAAUUUUACAGCGGAAUAUCCCUUUAAACUUGUGAGUUAGAAUGACUUAAGGGUAAACGUGUCAUGAACUCAUGACACUUUGUUUUGCUGCAUAAAAGUUUCCUUGUGCAUUACUUGAACACACACACAUACACACACUCUGAACACACACAUACAUCACAAUGUUGCACUUGUGACCAAGAUUAUCUGUAAACAUCUACAAUCAGAGGAGACAGUCCCUGAGUUUGUAAAGUGAAAUGUUGUCCCGUUCAGGGUCUCCUCUUUGUCGUUUCUUCUUUGUGUCAUGACUCACCAAGUUUUCAGGAGUCGAUGAGUCACGACCGCAUCAGUCCGAUUUCUCAGCAGCAGGACUCUUCUCCUACAGAGCCAUCCUUCCACAUCGAAUCUGUGAAACACUGUGAUGGUAUUAGCUGGGUCGUAUCUGCAGGCUCCUCACCGGCUGAUAUCUGAUAUUUAACUUCUUGGCUCAGAGCCGAGCGCUGACUCUGCUGGGACCCGCUCUGAAAAACCGCUGCGUCAUGUCUUCAGUUUCCACUUCAUCACAUUAAAUAAAGUCGCCCUCUUACAUAUCAAAUCAUCAAAUCUAGUCUAAUAUCAGUCUUUGAAGGGUUUCAUCUCAUGACUUGGUUUCACUGAUUCUGACUUUAAAAUGGUUUUGUAAAAGUCAGAAGGAAGGAGCCUGGUGAGUUGAGGUCCAGGAAACAGUGAAACCGAGCAGGCUGAAACAGUCUCAACAGAGCGCCUGUUUUAUCUAAAUGGAUGUGGUUUACCUUGACUCCUGUGGCCUGCCUGGACUAACACCACACCACAUUUGUGGCCAGAAAAGGCGUACAAAGAGGUAAUGUUUGUAAAAAUGUUGUGUUUCCUGAUUUCCUCUGGAGGUGGCGCUCUUUUACCUUCUUUGUGCCUUCUUUGUAUUUCCCCUCCAAAUUUGACUCCUCCGUCUUGUUUUCAUGUUUUCAUGCAAGAGCAACAGGUCUUGAAAAGUGCUUGAAAGUGCUUGGAUUUAUAAAGAAUAGUUUAGGGGUUUGAAGAUUUAGAUGCUGCUCUCCAAAGGCGACCUUGGGCUCACCACACUCUCGAUCCGGGACACAAAAGAGUGAAAUUUGCACAAAAUACGAUCCUUGAAAUUCCUGAAAAAGUCAAUCCUUGAGUUAGUUGAUGAGCUUUUACAGCUCUAAAAGACUAUUCCUAAUAAUCAUGGAUUAGUCAGGGAUAAUCUCUCUGUUUUCAUGCUUUUAUUUAAACACCAGAUUGAAAUAAAUUCCCAAAAUCAACAAGCAGAAUUUUACCAAGCGUCUGCGGAGAACACGCCUGCAAACUAAGAGUUAAAGAUGUGGACGAAGAUAAGGAAACAACCAGGAGACAAAAGAGGAAAGGAGAACAGGAAAUGUAGAGAUUUCCUCUGGAUGUGAGGUGCGCGGGUUUACCCAACAUGCUCAGUUGUUGCUCUCUUUCCCUGCGAGCGUGUCGGAGAGAGCCGGACAAGAAAGGAGAAGAUUUGAUGAAGAGAGGCGGUUAAAAAAGAAGAGUUUUUACUGACGCUGUUGGACAGACUGGAGGGAAAUCUUUGGAUGAUUGUGUUUUUUUUUUUUCAGUCCUGGGACUUUGUCAGAGAAGGACUUGAAUCAGUGACAUCCAAGAUCUUUGACCCAUUUCGGCUUUUCUUUGGCGCUUCAACAUAUUUUUAACUUUUUAUUUCGGUGGUCGUGCACACCGGUCAUCAUUUUCUAAGCCAUGUAACUACCUGUUCCUCAUGCUCUGGAUCCCUUUCACCUGGUGAACUGAAUCACCUCCCUGACCCCUGACCUGACCUGAGCAUCGUAGGACUUUAUCCAGACUCUCUUGAGGGCUCAGCCAUGUUGCGUUGCGUUCUCCAGCGAGCCAACAACCUGAGACACUCGCACCCCGUGGCUAGUGUCAGCUUUAGAGGUAAGAGGAUCAUCGUUAUAGUAAACUUGAGGUGGAUAGCUGUAGCAGGAAGUAUAGGUAUGUCACCACGACCUCGAGGUGCAGCACACUUUUACCAGAAGUGAGGAGGAGGAGGAUUCAGAGCUGUGAAGUUGUUCAUGUUUUCACCAUUUUGCUCCUGCUAACUUCUCCAUCGAUUACUUUGGUACAUGACGUGAUAGGUUCACCAAGAGAAGGUCCAGUAGAAACUAGCUGACAGGCGGUAUUUCCCCAGUGACUGCUGUGGAAGUGGAUGUACUUUUCUCAGUGGAUUUAGUCCUUCUCUGUGCUUGUACACUGGGACAAGGACAGUCCCAUUUGAUUGCACAAAACAGCUGAUGAUCGUAGCUGGAUUGACUGUGGAUUGGGACCUUAAAGGGAUAUUCCGGCGUAAAAUUAAUUUAGGAUCAAACACACGUAACACUGAGUUAGACACACAGUUGAGAGAUGAAUGUUGCCGACCGCUUGCUUCUCUAGUUAUACCAACUUUAGUAACGACCGCAGGAUAAAUACAGAGAGCCACACGCUCAACCAAAACGCCACUCUAUAGCCACAAAUAAUGCUCAGAACAGCACCUAACUUCAUCAACAGGACAUAUAGGGUCACAGACAUAGUACUAGACACCAAACAUCUUUUUAACUUUGACUCAUUUCUUUAGCAAAGAGACUAAACACAACUCACCUACUCUCUUCCAGCAGCCGCUUGUUUGUACAGAGACCGCAGAUGAGUCCACUACAGCGGGGUGUCGCAGCUCAAGGAAGAACAUUUAUGAUAAUUUCUUUAUGGAAAUACAAACAGACCGAGACGCUAAGGCAGAAGAACUACCGUGUCUGCAGAGAAAAAUGAUUAAUAUGAUGAUUAUUACUUAGAGGAAAUGAAAAGAAAUUAUCAUAAAUGUUCUUCCUUGAGCUGCUAAAGAAAUCCUCAUACCUCAAUUUAAGUUUUUGGUUUUUAUGUUAUUAAAAUUUUAUGAACAAAAAGACACCGAAGAGAGCUUUAAAAUGACACCUAAAUCAGCUCUCUAGGUGCCAUACUUCCAGAGAUAUGAACACUUUUGUAACGCAUGUCAUGCUAGUUAGCCAAAAAUUCAUUAGCCCCUAUCUCACUAAUUAGACGGCUUUGAACAAAAAUAUUUGAGCUCUGACAGUUUCUCCUGAAGGCCAAUCACUCCACCAAAUUUCAUCAAAAUCUGUGACGUGAGUGGAGAUUCUUGGUUGAAUUGACAUGGAAUGACCCCUUAAUAUCCUGCAUGCAACCUGAUAUGUUUAAUGCAACAUGUGCACACUGUUAGUUUAUUCCAGCUUCUAUAUGAAGGAAUGGAAACCAUUAACCUCCAGUAUGCAGCUUCAUUGUCUGAAGACUUAUUUUCAUUGUAAACACAGUGCAGGAGUGAUUCUGGGUUGAGUGGGGAUAGCGGCGAGCAUUGUUAGCGCCCCUCCCUCUGAAGGGCAGGAGGUGAAGGUGACUUGGCUACCUGGCCUGUUUUUCCAUCACUUUGUUGUUGUACUCGUCAUGAGUCAGUGUCCGCCCUCAUAACGAGGUGAGCCGUUAACUUCCUGCCUUUGUUCUGACUCUGUUUCCUGGUGCCAUCACGCUCACGGUGGACUCCGAUCGGAGCAGGACGCACAAAAUUCACUCUUGUGAAGAGGAUGGUAUUUGAAUUCAAACGCCAUGGUCACUAUCAGUGUCUCAGUUUCACCCCAGACCUGAGUGAAGUCAUAUUGGGGUGAACUUUGACACUCUGCAAUGUAUCCAUCGAAUUCAGAUCAGCAAACGUCUAAUUUCCCAGAACUUUCCAGAGAACCCUGUCAUCCAUCCAAACAUAGCCUCUGAUUGGCUCGUGGUCCCCAAGCAGGAAGAAGUCCUCCUCUCACUGAUACACCACACUCAUUGUUAACUUUGAGAAUGGGCAGUGUUUCGACUCUGGACUUUUUACGUCAUCAGUUCAAGGAUAAAUGGAAACCGUUCCUUUAAAAGUUAGAUCUGCCUGCAAGUCAAAGGCAGACGCACACGGACACACCCACCCGUCUAAAGAUAGACCUCCAUACGUAUUCAACAGGCCUGUGGGUCACAGUUUGUUCUAUUCCCGGCUCAUGACAGAAUCUGUGCCAAGCAAGGCCAACCAGGAAGUCAAUGCUGUGCCAUGUCCUGUCUCUGAGAUGCUAGCUCCGAUUUCAGCUUCUGGGAGGUUUACACACACUCACACAGACACACACAAAAAUAAAGUACCCUCUUGACCCCUCUGUGGAAGGGUGGAGGUGUUUUUGAAGAAAUCUUCCAGGGGCGGAGGUACACUAACGUAGGUAUUUGUGUGGGUGUUUGUGCGUAAUAAGGUCCUUGUUUGUGUGUCUGUGAGUGUGUGUGUUCUCACAUUGGGUGAUGACCGCGGAGAAAACAGGAAAGAAAACAGCCAUUCUCUGGGUGUGUGUGUGUGUGUGUUAGGAGAGAAAGAAUGUGUGCAUGUGUGUGUGCUUGCAGACUGAGAGUGCAUGAAGUGUGGAUCCAAACAAGCCUCCAGCUGUGCAGAAUAAUCCGUCAAAGUGGACAGUCUGAAUUAUAUACAUUCAGGGUUUUGGCCGACCGGUCUUAAGUGAGGAUUACCUGGUUAUGUUUUCCUUGUAUUUCUUCCUUGUUGAGGCACAAAAGUUGGAAACCCUUGAUGACUCUGCUCCUCCAUCUUGCCCUCUUUCCCCCAAUCUCAGAUUCGGGUAAAGAGCAACUAAGUGAACAGUUGGCUCAUGUCCAUGACUACAUCCCCAAACUUCCUAUCUGUGUGCAUUCUGUAUGUGCACUUCCUGUGAAUGGGUGGAGUCUCUUACCUGUUUGGGAUAGUGUGUUUAUUGCACAGGAAGGGCAGACAGGUGAUAGUGUUUAAUUUAUGAUUGUGUUUCUUCUCAAAAUGCUCCCUCUUGAAGGCAAUGCAGUUUUGAAUGUUGGAAGAAAUAGUUCAGGCUUUGGAAUCAUGAUGACAACUUGAGCACCCUCUUGCAAAAAGUUGCAGGACCAAGCGUAACCCCAUUUAGAGAAAGUUUAGAGCACAGCAAUGUCCUUCACACCAAAGAGAGACAGUUCAGAUGGUUCAGGUAUCUGAUCAGGGUACCUUAUGUGCCCAUGCUUCUGAGGGGAGAUCCCAUCCAUCCAGGUCAUGCCAUACCCCCUAAAACCUACUGACCAGAUCAGCCCGGCACUGUGUGACGCUGGCAGAUCAUGAUGCACAUGUGUCCUGCAGGAUUCAGGGGUUGGGAUCCUCCAGGGUGAGCUGGAAACCAUGUCUGGGGUAAAGGGUCAUGCAGAGACGGAGGGUUUGGACAUCUUUACUUUUUAAAGGAUGUUGUUCACAUCGGCUUUGUUGGAAGGCCUGGAGCUCCUGAGAGGGAUUACUUACCUCCUCAGGCCUGGGAACACCCCGAAUUUCAAUUUUCCAACUAGCAUGAUCUUCAGUCCAACAUCUAACCCCCAAACCAAAGACAUUCCCAUUUACAGAUACAUUAAAUUCAAGUCUAGUUCAUGAUCCGUCUGUGUGUUUAUCCCUGGAAAUGAAAAAAAAGAGUCUUCUUAAACUGGACAAUAGUCAUUGUCUCUGCUUCCUUUUUCCCUCUUUAAUACCGAAAUCAAAUGGAAAUCAAAAUACGUCGUCCCGAUUGGAUAACUCUCAUCACAUCCCGGCAUGUGUUUGCACUCUAUUCUGAGAGCUCUUCGGGAGCUAAUUAUACAACCUGGCAGCUUAUUGGUCGGGCUUACAUCUGACUUCCUCGACGGUGCCCAGCAGACAGGAAAUCAGAGCUCUGAACACCAUGUUGCAGGAAGCUACGCAAAGAUAACACAAACACACACGCUGAAACACAAUAUUCAGUCCGCCGUGUGUGUUUACGUGAAAGGUGAAGUGGUUUCAAAGUUCAUGGCUCUGACAUUAAAAGCAGUUGUGGUUGGAUUGUUGAAACUUUAGGAGAAAUCUUCCAGAAUCUUCUGGGAAUCACCGGCAAGACUGUUGUCCUUUGUUAGCGGUAUUUGCAGUACACAGAAACCCUUGAAUGAUUUCAGUUAAAUGUCGUUAAGUUACGAUCAUUCUCGGUCUUAAAAUAGUGUCUUGUAUUCUGAUGUUUUAGUCAGUGUGUUUACAUGCACAGCUUAAUUGGACUAAGUUCACAAUUCAUUUUUUUUUCAUGGUAUCGGACUUCUCUCCUUGUCGGCGUAUACAUGCAGCUGAGAAAAUCGAAUUGUUGACGCCAAUGUGACCUCCUCCCCAAAACGAGGGGGCAAUAUGGGUCUUUUCAGCGGCGCCGUUUCCAGACCUUUUUUAAACAUGUCUCCAUUCCUCGUUUUGCAACCGUCCAUAUACUUCAAAAUGUCCACUUCUGUUUGGACGAAAAAGAUAACGACACUCUCCUCGUCUUUCCAGAAGUGGACAUUCUUUUGUGUUUCAGCUGCUUCUGAGUUGAAAGUCCUUGAAAUGAUAGCGCCACUUCUUCUCUGGUGUUUUUGUUCCUGGGUUACGGAGGCGUGGCGCACGUACAUUGUCCGAUCAUACUCUGACUACGCCAAUUACAUGGUAGAAAAAAUCUAAUUCCAACCGCAUUAUCUGGAUGUCUUAAUUGGAGUUCUGCAGCUUUGUUUAUAGUAAGACUAAGGUGUUUACAUGCACUUCAGUCGUCCGGACUUAAUCGGAGUAAGGCGAUAUUUCGGUUUUCUUGGGUGUCAUAUAAACGUACUUAGUGUAACAGGCUCACAAGCUAAAGCCUCGUCCAUGCCUGUGAUUUGGCCUCUCGUCCACAUGUGAAGUUUUAGCUCACCGGAAAUGGAGGUUUUCAAAAAUGCGAUAUAAGAACCAGAAAUUUUCAUCAGCAGCCUUUACAUCUUUACUCUUAAUGUUCCUCUUCCUCUGUUGCCUCCAGGUUCGAAGAAGAAGACGAAGGUCAUCAAGAACAACCCUAACCCUGUUUGGAAUGAGGUACGUCCUCCUGAAGUGGGGCAAUUGUGGGUUGGAUUGGCGCCUCUUUACCAAAAGGAGAAGUUUUGGAAUCCCAGAGACUGACCUGAAAGUGUUUUAACCUUAACAAAAAUGUUCACGCUGUCUGUGACUUGAAGCUAACACUGUCCCCUGUCUUGUCAGGGUUUUGAGUGGGACCUCAAAGGGAUUCCUCUGGAUCCAGGAGCAGAGCUGCACUGCGUCGUCAAAGACCAUGAAAAGAUGGGGAGAAACAGGUACAGAGUCAGGGGUGUUUGUCGUUGGUAUUUAUCAUCCUAUUGGCCACCCUGAAACCCCUAAACCCUGAUUGGCUCUUUGCUUUUUUAGAGGGAAUGUUUUGGUGACUUUUUACCUUGUAGAGUUGCCAAACUAUAAACAAAAAUAUGAGUUUAGUUUAACGCCGCUGUAUGAGACAUUUGUGGAGGAUAAGUUUCCAUGUCUGGCCACCCCUACAAAGAUCUGUGCUUCAGUUUGGCCCCCCAAACAAAUAAGGAACUAAAACUAAGACUAAAACCAAAGAGACACGCACCUACAGUACUGAUAAUGAAGUGUGUGUGUGUGUGUGUGUGUGUGUGUGUGUGUGUGUCUGCUCAGAUUUCUGGGAUUUCUGGGGAGUGUCGGCUCGCUCUCAGAGACGUGCUCAACUCUCCGAACCUGGCCGCCUCCUUCACCAUCUCCUUAGUGGACACCAAGAGGAACAACACAGGGGUGAGCACACACACACGCACACAUACACACACACACACACACAGUAGGGCCCGGACAGGUUAAUUUACAGCCUCAUUGUAUAAAACUCGUUAAUCAGCCUGAGUUUUCCGGCCUGGAGUCUAAAAUUAGAGAAAGACUUUCCUGAGUUUGAUUAAUAACCACACCUUUAUGUCUCACUGUGACUGUUUAAGAAACUUAUUCUUUAAUAAAUCAGGAAAUUUAUCUGCAUAUUAACGGUAAAAUCAACCCAGUUAUAGUAUCACUUUCUCCGAUGUUUCCACUUUCUUUUUUUUACCUUUAAAGGUUUUAUUCUCAAGAAGCUGAUUCACAGAUUAUGUGUCAAGUCAUUCUGCGCCGAGUCCUAACAGUUCAGUUUUUCUUCUUCUCUGUUUUCAUGUUGAACAGAUACUGAAGAUACCACACUAACCUGUAUCAGGUCCCCUUUUCUCUAAUUUUUCUGUUCCCUGUUUUCAAAGCUCCAACAGUUUCGCUCUCUGUGUCUGUUUUCUUCAGUUUGGUUGAUGUCCGGCUCUUUAGUGGAGACUGCAGUUCCCAGAGCGCCCACUAGAGCAAAAAUAAACCUGUUCAAACAGCUGUUUCAGUCUGAGUCAAAGUUUGUUUUCUUCCAGAUGAAUUAAGAACAAUAUUAAAGAAGCUAAUGACAGGAAAACAGCCUUUUCUGAGAACAUCAUCCGGUAAUUUAUUGACGGUCCCUUAUUCAACACCUGACGUUGAUACCGAGGGUGCAGAGUAGAUUUAACCACGCUGCUGUUGGAGAGUGAGAAGACACCGGUAGAUCCUCCCUGAACGUCCGUCAAAUAUCCAACCUAAAACUAACUUCACCGCCAUAUUUACAGGAAAAAACAUUUAUUGCCUCAGCUGAUUUUUUUAUGCGCACAUGUGACCCUAAAUACAUUUUACAAUUCACACACAUCUAUUUUUGGUCGUGAGUGAAACGGUCGAGCCCUGUAAUGAUUAGGCCGACAAGGAAAGAAGGAAAGCGGCAACUUUUGUAGACUGAUUUGAUAUGACUUUUGUGAUCUGGCACCGUUCUCACUUCUGACCAAUCAGAACCAUGUAUUUCACACAGCGGGGUAAUAAAACCUGACCUCAGGAUUAAAUAAAAUGAAACGUCUCCAGAGGUACCCCCCCCUCUCUCUCUCUCUUUCAAGCUCACCUAAAACCAUCUUCUGCUUUUGGCAUCAGAGGGAACAAUGUUCAGUCUCACAUCCUCGUUUCCUGGAGCCAAAACAAAGUCUUCCUCUCGGUGUCAGGGUGGAUCUGAUUGAUGUUUCUCUCUCUUACAGUCAUAAAAAAAACACCAUCUUUGUCUUUGUUUAACCCUGUGUGUGUGAGGAAUCAAUUCUAGAAGCAGGGAACGUCUGAAUCUUGACGUGAACAGAUCAAAUCCUUUGCUUAAUCUGACAAACGUGAUUAUCCGCCUCCUUUUCCCAUCAGGCCACCCUGACCCUGCAGGUUUCCUACCUCCCUCCUCCAGGAUCGGCUCCGAUCUACCAGCCUCCUCACCAGCCGGAGACUCCGACUCACAACAACCCGAGCGUGGAGCUGGACACCGUCACAAGUAAAAACAUCAAACUCAAAUACAAAAAAUAUUCAACAUCCUCACAUCUGAGACUGUUUUCUGUUUGCCGGUUUCAGUGAUUUCUCUCGACACGCUGGGCGAGGAGGACACCGAGAGUAUGAUCAUGGUGGAGCCACCGGAGGACCAGGUUCAGGACGAUGGACGCUCCAUGGUCAUCGUCGGUCCUCAGGGGACCUCAGGUCACGAGUCCCCUGCUGCACAGACCCCCAAGCGCUCGCCGCCAACCUACAACACCCACGGAGGUCUGAGGAAGAGGAGGAGAGGAGGAGGAAGCAGUCAGCCCAAACCACUGCCCAACAAACCUCAGGACCUUCAGGUUUGGACUUAGCAAGGUCCAGAACCAGAAGCGACUUGUUUCUGUAACCGUUCCCUCUAAGUAGCAGCUCAUGAACGGACUUCUUGUUCAUGCUGACACUGCCGCCAUGUGGUCAUUUUGGUUCAUUACACUAAAAACCCCAAACAGACCCAAUGCCAAAGUCAACACACCCAGGAAGGGUCAAGAUUUAAAGGGCGUGUUUUUGACGUUUUUUCGUUGAUACAUGACGCUAACUCUUUCCAGGUUCGUGUGCGAGUCAUCGAAGGCCGACAGUUGCCCGGCAUCAACAUCAAGCCUGUUGUCAAGGUAACAGUGGCCGGACAAACCAGGAGGACGCGAAUCAGAAAAGGCAACAACCCGAUCUUUGACGAGGUAAACGUGACCGAGUUAACGUCAUCGUAACGUUUGAGUUCAUUCAUGUUUGACUGAGACUGAAGCGUUUCUCCUCCACAGACGUUUUUCAUGAACUUCUUCGAGACUCCGUCGGACCUGUUUGACGAGCCCAUCUUCAUCACUGUGAGUCUGAGCUCUUCUUUAACUCGGAUCCAUCUCUUCCAGUUUGAUUAAACACUCUCCUCCUCUUCUCUGACAGGUGUGUGACUCUCGCUCGCUCCGCACUGAUGCCGUGAUCGGAGAAUUCAAGGUACAAACUGACGAAAUAAAGAAGAUAUUUGAUGAAGGGCGCCGUUUGUUUGUUCCUUGGUUGUUAAUCUUUUUGCAAACUCAGUCACAAACAUCUGACCUUUGACCUUUUCUUUGCAGUUAGACGUUGGAACCGUCUACAACGAGCACAGUGAGUUAACCUUAACCUGAUUGUCGAACUGAUUUCUCGAUCUGAUGUUCUCGUACGUUAACGCUCGGUGUGAACUCUUUAGGACACUGCUUCUUGAGGAAAUGGCUGCUGCUGUGUGACCCCGACGAUCUUUCGGCCGGGGUCAAAGGCUACCUGAAGGUCAGCCUGCUGGUUUUGGCAGCUGGAGAUGAACCACCGGUGAGUCUGAUCGGAGAGUUUGAACAAAAACUCUUGAAAUAAGUCAAUUCGUCCAUCUUUCACUGAUCUGGGACAAGGUUUGAGGUGGCUCCCAAAGGGGUUUCCAGAUUAGAUGAGUACCCUGGGAUCUCCACCGAAUUAAGGGUCUCAGGAGGCUUCCUAACCGAAUGUCUGAAGAUGCUUUCAUCUUUGUGUGUUUCUCAGGCCGAUAAACGGGACUGUGUCGAGGAUAAAGAAGACAUCGAGGGAAACCUGCUGAGACCGGCUGGUCUGUCUCUGAGGGGAGCUACUUUCAAUCUGAGGAUCUUCAGAGCGGAGGACUUACCACAAAGUUAGUCCACUCUGUGAAUGUCGUCGUUUAAUCCGAGAUUAAAGAGAUGAGACAGUUUCUAACGUCUCUGUGGUUCUUCUCUGCAGUGGAUGACGCCUUCAUGGACGGGAUGAGGCAGAUCUUUGGGUUUGACAGCAACAGGAAGAACCUGGUGGAUCCUCUGGUGGAGAUUCACUUUGCUGGAAAAACAGUACGGCAUCCCACUAAAUCCAGUUCUAACUCUUAGUCCACCGAAUCCAGAAUCCAGUCCUCUGAGGUCUGUAUUUUCUUUCUGUUUCAGAUUUGCACUAAGAUUCUGGAGAAGAACGCCAAUCCGCAGUGGAACCAGAGUCUGUCGAUGCCCAUCAGGGUACAAACAAACAAACAAACAAACAAACUCUAUAUUUUUGAAGACAAAUAUGCUCACCAGGAUCAGUGUUUUAUCUUAUUUAAGGUUCUGUUUCCUUCCCCAGUUUCCCUCCAUGUGUGAGAAGAUGAGGAUCAGAAUCCUGGACUGGUAAUUCCAACGUUUGGUGCACUAGGUUGAUUUAACAAAAUAAGAGACUCCCAGGAAAACCUGGUCUAAGUUCUCUCUGCGUUGCAUCUUUCCUUGGAUUGGAAACUUCUGUCUGGUAGCGAUAACUCCAGAUGUUCAUCACCUCCACACUUUGGGUUCUUCUUCUUCUUUAUCCUCAUUUCAGGGACAGAGCCAGUCACAACGACGUCGUUGGCACCACCCAUCUGUGCAUGUCCAAGAUCUCAGCCCCCGGUGGAGAGAUAGAUGGUAAGUACGAGCCGAAUCCGGUCUGAACUGGACUUGACUCUGCCGGUUUGGUUUGGACCGAUGAAGGCUCGUAUGGUCUUACCUUCUCCUUCUCCUCUUCGUCUUCUUUUCUCUGCAUACUGUGACGUUUUCUCCUUCUGAAUAACUCACCCCCAAUUUUCACCGCGUCCGGAACGGCUACGAUCUGUAACGGCUGCGAUUUUCGCCAUCCGCCAAUUCCUACUGGAUCCGUUGGGGAGGAGAAUUUUGUGUCCAAUUUAGGACAGGGGUAAUCGCUGAAUUUAUCGGGCAUGCUCUGGCAUCUGGAAGAAAUGGAACUCUUGCGAUCAGCUGUUCGGUGAUUCGCAGCGGAACGGAAAGAAGUCGGUGGAAAUUGACACGUUAACUUGAAUGGAAACGAUCAGCUACGAUUGUCAGAUACGGCCUUUUUGCCGCCGUUCUGGAUGCGGCGGAAAUUGGGGGUCAGGCUGCAUCCCGGUGUCUUAACACAAGUGUUGACGUUUUCAAUCAUGGUCACAUUAACCAGAAGAUGACCUCAGAUGUUAAACCUUUGAACACAAACGUUUAGAUAAAAGUACCUUCAAACUGGACGAUAUUUGGUGGGUGAUCAAGUCCAGCUGUCCUCAUCAAAUUGUCUUUAUCAGCUCAGACUGGUUAUUGUUGUAUUUGAUCUACAGUCUUUAUCGAGAACAUAUUUAACUCCUGGUUUUGUGACAUCUUCAAAUAUCAGAUAUCAUUUGGGUUUUGAGAGUUAGCUGUAAAGUUCUGAUGUCUGAUACGUCUGUGAUCGGUGAAUCUAACCACGCAUGGACUGUUUUGCAGUGACAUGCUUUUCUCGGAUCGACUUUGGAGCGUCUCAGCUCAGGAAGACAUGCAUGAGUCGUGCUCAGUGUGAAGUUUUCUUAACUGUCUUGAUCUAAAUCUGGUUUCUGCUGUUUUGUGAAGAUACAACACUUCCCCCGUCUUUGUCGUGGGGUUUGUUGUUGUAUUUGUUGAAUCCAAAUGUUCGCCCUCGGUCAAGGUCAAGUCUGGACAUUUGGAUUCAGCCCUCUGAUGAGUUUGUGAUCCGCUGCACUUGUUUGGUUUUGCGUAGCGUUCAAAGACACUUGUUUCCUCUCUCUCUGUAACUCUCAACCAUCCUUCCUCUCUAUGCAUUCAGACGACUUGACUCCAAGGACCGUCCAGCCUGGCAGUACGUCCACCAUCCUCUUUUCUCUUGUGUGAAACUCAUCAGCUGUCAGAUGAUGAAUAUUUUCCUCCUUUUCCAAACUCAUAACUGUUUCCACCUUCGUUUAAUUCUGAUAAAUCUCUUUCAAUCGACUCUGUCGUGAUUUUCAGUCCAAUCAGUCCAACCGAUGUCCUCUACAUCCUCUCAACUUUUCCUCUGUUUCCUGUCGUUCCAGUCGAUGACACUCUUGGUUUCCUCCCAACGUUUGGUCCGUGUUUCGUCAACCUGUACGGCAGCCUCAGAGAGUUCACCGCCUUCAGCGAUCCACACGAGGCACUGAACCUCGGAAAAGUAACUUGGUGUUUUUGUUCUUCAUCUUUAAAUACAGGAACUCGUCUUUAAAGAAACGUUAAAACCAGUAAGAGUAAACUGGGUUGACUGGUUAGCAUUCGUUCGUAGGACUAGUAAUUCAUAUUGAUCACUAGUGAUGAUAUAAAACUCACCAAUUACUGAUGAUCAACCUUCACCGAUCAAGAAGGACAAAUAUCAGUAACCAUCACAUGAAGCUAACCGAUAACCAAUCAAAGUCACACAGAACCAACCAAUCAACCAACCGGUUACCAAUAACCAGUGCUGUGAAGCCAUGGCAGUAAAAUAACGGCACUAUUUCAACGUUUUGAGCUCAGACACGUCUUCCUUCCAAACUCCUCCUCAAGAUUAACAGCCAAUCCCAACUGUAGUGUUCGAUUUUGCAUGUUUACGUAAAGUGAAGGAGUGACCCAGUUCUACGUAAGAUUAAGGGUUAGGGUUAGGGACCUCACUUGAAAGCAAAAGGUAAGAUUUUAAUAUAAUUUUCAAAGUAAUGACACUUAUUUUAGGUAUUCCAUCCUUUGCUACAACACGUGAAUAUUAGCGAUGUUUUGAAUUGUUUAUGUUUUAAAAAUUGCGCACUGUGACGAGCUAGCUAACAAAGCUAUAGCGAAUGAUUGCUAUACUGAUGUCGGACUCAACUGGCAACAGCUAAACGUUACAACAGUGGGUGUUGUUUUCCCACUUUUCGCAUCAGCCUACAACACAGCCAGCAAGAGACAAGGCCUUCCCCUUGGCCCUCUGUUUUUAGGGGGUAGACAAAGGGUUAAGACGAGAGUGACUGGCCAUAAGUGGUUAGCAUUUUCACUGCUUUACUGCUCUUUGGUGAUAAGAUGCCUAGGAUGGAUAUUAAAAACACUGUUGUUUCACUCUUUUCUUCUCUAGGGGGAGGGUGUGGCGUACCGGGGCCGGAUUUUAAUGGAACUAACGACGAAACUGUCCGACAAACCAGAACAGAGAUCUGAGGACAUAUCAUCGGACGAUCUGAUCGUGGUGGAGGUGAGAGAGAGAUCUCUAACUCACUUUUUAAAAAUGUUUUAAAACACAUGAAGGUUUCCGCUCAUCUUUAACUUCUCCGUUUACAGAAGUUCCUCAGGAAGAGGAAAUACUCUCUCUUCGUGGCGUUUUAUUCGGCCACGCUCCUCCAGGACGUCGACGACGCCAUCCAGUUUGAGGUCAGCAUCGGUAACUAUGGUAACAAGUUCGAUUACACCUGCCUCCCUCUGGCCUCGACCACCCAGUUCAGCAGAGCUGUGUUUGACGGUAGGUCAAAGGUCGGAUUUAUGCAUUUCAAGAGUUUCAGUCGUAGAAUUAUCCGAUCGUAAUCUUUCUGAAUCGAUUUAUUUAGUAAAUGAAUAUUUCAUAAAUCCGUUUCCAGGCUGCCAUUACUACUACCUCCCCUGGGGAAACAUCAAACCAGUGGUGGUCCUGUCCUCAGAGUGGGAGGACGUCAAACCAAGGAUUGAAGCUCUCAACAUGCUGCUGGCUAUCCUCGACAGACUGGUGGGUGUCGAAUCUUCCCGUCUGAGUUGUUGUGCAGCAGCCGUGUUUAAAAACACUCUCAGGACAGAAACAUUUCUGUGUAUUUUUGUCCGUCCAGGAGGCAAACCUGCAGCGGGUCAACCUGGAAGUGAAGGCAGGCAGCGACCUGGAGGAGGUGGAGCUCAGGGUGGUGGAGCUGUUGGAACAGGUCAUCACAGACUGCAGGUAAACACUCCGACAAGUCAAAACGAGUUGUCUUCUUCUAUUACCAUCGUAUUUUUUGUGUGUGAGACUCUUUUUUUGGAAAUAGCGAGGAGCUGCCCUCCCUCGACCACUGGCAGUGCUGCACUCCUCUGGACCGCUCUCUGAGACACAUCCGGACUCUCCACCUGCAGCAGAUCGUCGCGGGCGCGCUGGCUCUCAAACACGGACCUGCGACCGAGCUCUCCACCGUCAUGGAGCAGGCGGAGGACUGGGCCAACAGGCUGAGGCUCAUGGCCGAGGAGGUAUAAUGAUGCCAAUUUUGUUGUUCUUCUUUAUCAGUUUUUCUCCUCUGAGGCACUUCUUUGCUGCUCGUCAUAAACCAAAGUGACCACAUAAUAAAGUUUAGUAAAUUCCUCCUCUCUGUUUCUCUUUGUGUGCUCGAUUUCUCUCCUUCCAGCCUCAGAACAGUCUCCCCGACAUCAUAAUAUGGAUGCUGCAGGGCGACCGCAGGGUGGCGUACCAUCGUAUCCCGGCGCACACUGUGAUCUUCUCCCAGCAGAACUGUGGGAAACACUGUGGGCAGCUGCAGACCGUCUUCCUCAAAGUAAACACACAAACACACAUUUAGGUCCAUUUCUAGAUCUUAUGUUUACAUUUGGUGGUCUCAAACACGAGUCCCCAAAAGGAGGCUUACUGACCUGCGUUUCGUGUUCGGCAGCAUCCACAGAGCGGCGUCGGUGAAGCCAAACUUCCAGGUCAGCUGAGGGUGAAGGUCUGGUUCGGAUUGGCUGCUGACGUCAAACAUUUCAACCAAUACGCCGAGGGGAAACUGUCGGUGUUCGCCGAGACGGUAGGAUACAGAGCGCACAUUUGUCUUUAAAUGGACGCCAACUGUUUGGUAGACGCUGCCCCCUUUUGUCGAGUCCUUUUAUCAACAAGAGUCCAAACUACUUUUACUAAUUCAGAUUUUCAGUCCUAAUUUUCUUCGUCUUUGUAAUUCCUUGUAAUUUAAUAAUUUAUCAGUUUGCAGUCUAUGUGUCACCAGCAGGGGGCGAUAAUACAAGAAAAAAAGAAGUAUCUGGACUCUGCUGGUGUGACCUAAAAGUCUGAGUCCACGAACUGAGUCUGUUUCUUUUUUUUUUGUCGCAGUAUGAAAACCAGACCAGACUCGCCCUGGUGGGCAGCUGGGGAACUACAGGAUUGACGUACCCCAAGUUCAGCGACGUCACCGGGAGAGUCAAACUGCCCAAAGAGAGCUUCAAACCCUCGCCUGGCUGGACCUGGGCCGGGGACUGGUUCAUCAGUCCAGAGAAGACGUGAGUGUGCGGUCUUUGGACGGCAUGGGUGUUUUAAAACUAGUUAGAUUGAGAUUAGUCGACUUCAUACAGGCGAACGAUCACCAAACGUUCAUUAAAGUUAUAAAUCCAGAUGUGAUCCUACUUUUCAAACCCUUUGUCCUCCAUAAUUUCAACACUUUCUGUUUUAUUUAAUGUGAAUACUUGUUAAAAUGUUUAAAUACCGAAAAAUUUUCCAUUUCGGGUCAAUUUUGUUGUUCUUCUUUAUCAGUUUUUCUCCUCUGAGCCCCGCCCACAAACAGACGCUCCUGCUCGCUCGUAUCGUUCCAAUUAAAUUCAGAUAUAAUGCAGAUAAAUACUUCAGAUCAUUACAAAUGGGGCCCAGUCAAGGUGAAAGUCAAAAGCAUUGGUGCUACUGUAGAUGCCAACAGACUACCAGCAAACACAAUGUUUGCAGGACUUCUACAACGAGGAUAAAGUGACAUAGUCCAGGACCCGAGGGAGGACAGUUUAGCGAUGGCGCUACAACACGCUACAGCAGGUCCGUUUGACAAGAAACACUUCUGUUACAGACACUUGUCUUACUUUGUUAAAGCGGUUUACCUGUCCAGCAGAAAGGUUACAGGGUCACCAAGAUCCCCAAGCAUCCCCCAUCGUUUAUGUUGACCCGGCUUUUUAGCUCUUGUCCGGUCUACCUCCGUUUUAAGCGCCCGUUAUUCCUCCAGAGUCUCCGGUAUUUACUUUGUUUUCUUGCUUGUGUCGGCAGUCGUGGCCAAAGGAGGAUUCGGACAAUUUUCCGAACUUUCUGGUUGGUUUCUACUGUCCGAUAUUGUAGCACGCUAACUUUGUUUGGGCUCCUGAACGACACGGGGGAGCAGCGUCUGCCUCACAACCAAUCAGGUUAGAGGAGGUGGAGAACGGCUUUGUUUACAGUCAGAAAGAGCGGACCGCUCAAAAAUGUUCAAAUGUUGACGACACAGACAGAAGAGAACACAGAGAUAUUGUGACAUUAACAAAUGUCGUCAAUAACUAAUAACUAUUGACUGAUAUGAGAAGCUUUUUUGUAAAUUCACCACAAAAAAAGAUGCUUCUGAAACGGAAUCCUGCCUACCUCACCUUUAAAUUAAAUAAGUCUAACUGUGUCUACGAUCAUAAACCUUCAGGCUGCUGUUUGACGUGGACGCCGGUCACAUGACCUUCACAGAGGAAGUGUUUGAAAACCAGAUGAGGCUUCCAGGGGGGCAGUGGAUCGGCAUGCCAGAGGGCUUCACCGAUGUGGUACGUGUGUGUGUGUGUUUAUAGUGUUUGUGUGUUGGUGUUUACUGGUCUACUGUGUGUAAAUCGAUAAAUGUGUGUGUGUCAGAACGGGGAGAAGGCGGUGCCGAAAGACGAGAUCGAGUGUCCUCCAGGUUGGGUUUGGGAGGAGGUGGAGUGGAGCGAAGAUCUCAACAGGGCCGUGGACGAUCAAGGUGCGCACGAUGAAAACACAAUGAAGCAAAACGCAGACGAGUCCUGUUUCUGAUGUUUGUGAGCGUGUUUGUGAAUCUAGGGUGGGAGUACGGCAUCACGAUCCCUCCAGACCGCCGCCCGAAGUCAUGGGUGCCGGCUGAGAAGAUGUACCACACCAACCGGAGACGGCGGUGGAUACGACUGAGGCGGCGAGACCAGCAGAAGAUGGAGGCUCUCAGAAAGGUAGACAGAAAACCUCCAGAGUGUCAACCAUCACUGUGGGUUUGUGAGAGCAGCUGAAGUUCCUCCUGUCGGCCACUAGAUGGCGCCAAAGACCAACAGAGAGGCUGAUGCUCUCUGGUUUGUGUUCUCACAGCAGCGUCCAGAUGACACAGAGCGGGAAGGAUGGGAGUACGCCUCCCUGUUCGGCUGGAGGUUCCACCUGAAGCCCAGGAAGACGGACAGCUUCAGGAGGCGCAGGUGGAGGUGCCGCAUGGAGCCGCUGGAGAAGACGGGACCGGCGGCCAUCUUUGCUUUGGAGUGUUCUCUGGUAAAGACACAAACACAGACAUCUAUGUCCUGAGAGUGAAGCUCCCAACACUUGAAUGAGAUCUCCGUCUUCCUCCCACAGAGCAGCAUCGAGGACAAGAACGACGACAAGUCCGUCACGACCACCUUCGGGGUCAACAGACCCACCAUUUCCUGUUUCUUUGACCGUAAGAGACGCAGUUUGUCCUUUUUAAUCAAUUUUCCACUUUUCAUUUUCAAACAUUUCAACAUGUUUGUGUUUUCGUGUCCAGGUGGGACCCGUUACCACCUGCGCUGCUACCUGUACCAGGCCAGAGACCUGCUGCCCAUGGACAAGGACAGUUUCUCAGGUACUGUCGGAUUGAUAGAUGUCCUCUUUGUCUCACUGGUCUUAAAAUUAAACUAUAUCUGGGUAGAUUCUGGGUCAGUUUUUCAGUGGAGGGUUGGAGUCCAGAGGUACGGUCACAACGGAAGAAACCGAAGCCCGCUACCCACCAAACAUCGGACAUCGAAGAGACGUUCAGAUCAAGUCAGUAUCGGGUCGGUCCAUCAGAGACCACAUCUAGACGGUUAGAAAUUUUGACGUCCAAAUUGGACCUUUUUUAGACGUCGCUCUGACGUUUAGAAUAUUGACCAAAUCUAGACGUCGCCACAACGUGCAAAAUCAAUUUAAAGAUUUAUACGUCACUAUUGGACCUCUUUUAGAUGUUGACAUGACGUCCACAUUUGGACCUUGUCGUCAAAAAAAUACGUUAAAUAGAUGUCAUUUUGAGGUCGUAUUGCGCAGUGGGUACGAACAAAAAAAAAGAAACAGUGCAGAUAAAAAAAAAGCCUCAACGGAAGUUUACGACGCAAAAAAAGUGGCGAUGCAACAAAAAAUUAAAAAUAAAAGUUUCUUACUGUGAAAAUAAAAGGAUGCAAAAAAAAGCCUCAACGGAAUCGAGCUGUCGGGGACCAGUAACGAUGUUGCACCGGUGUUUUACGGUCUAGACAAAGAAGACGACGGCGAGAAGACGAAUGAAGAAGUUCGUGGAAAGGUUAUCGAUUAAUUUUUCUUCAUAAACUUUUCGAUGUGUCUUGUGGUUAGGCUAACACCACAGCGGCGUCCUCCAGAUCAACUUCGUAUCGACUCAGGCGCAACGUGUCCGAACCAAACGACACGCUAUAAAGCAGAAUUAAACAAUAACCUUUCCACAAACUUCUUUGAUCGUCUUCUCGCCGUCAUCGUCUGUGAUCUAGAUCAUAAAUCGUAUCUUUUAUUUUCGCUGUAAGCAACUUUUCAUCGCCACUUGUUUUCACCUCGUUAACUUCCGUUGUGGAUUUUUAAAUUUUUUUUAUCUGCACCGUUUCUUUUUUACUUGCAGCGGGCUUCGGUUUCUUUUUUUGCAUCGGUAACUUCCGUUGUGGCUUCUUUGGAGCAGUGUCGGUUCUCGGCCACCAUACAGGGGUAACGGUGUUAACGAGGGUCCUCAUAAGUAUUGCAAAACAAACAUGUGUGUGUCUCUAAACGAUCGGUGACACCGGCGGCUCGGGAAUGCCGGAGAGCUGGGAACGCCGCCGCCGCGACAAGUUUGUUAUUCCAGGUCACAACCGCUCUCCCCUGAUGUUAGCGCACACACGGCUCGCAAUGUGGAGCCGUGCAUAAAAACACAUGUAAACGUACAGUAGCACACACACACACACACACACACACACACACACACACACACACACACACACACACACAGAGUGAGUAGUUUGUUAUUUCAGGCCGGGUAAAGAGUCUCUGUGGAGCCGUUAGCGAAAGAGUAAACAGAAGCGAAGUUGCAUUUUCCCACCAGCCCUCAAUUAACCUUGGAGCUCACACACACACACACACACACACACACACACACACACACACACACACACACACACACACACCACCCAUGGUGACCCAUUCAAUUACCGUUUAUUCCCAACAGCCCAUUAGCUCAUAUAAACAGCCACACAAACAGCCCAGGGGGGGUUACGUAAGGCAGCGCGGAGGUCCGAGGAAAAAAAGCGAGUUUCUCUUUAUCGGUGUUUUUGUUUUCACUCAGAUCGGGGAUUCACGAUUUCCUCUUUGAAAUAAGACGUCUGUCCGGAUAAAUUUAGUUAAAGGAGAUUUUUGAGGAGAAAGAAGAAAAAGUGAAAAUAGACGAACAGACAGAUGGAAAAGGUUAAAAACGACAAAGACAUAAAGAGCUCCGUUUUGAUAGCUGAUGCGGUCUUUAAUCAUGGCCGCCCAGACGCCGUUAAACAGCAGAUUAACACACGACUGAAGUCCAUCCAUCAACUCUACUCAUCCAUUACGCCGCGCGCGCGUGUGUGUGUGUUUCUUCGAACCCUCCCUUUAAGCGGCCCGUCUCCGUCAUCUAUCAUUUCUUUCUUCCUCUGUCUAUUCAUCCCUCUGUUUUUUAAAGCCUCGUCUCUGUUUUCACAUCUGAGUCUGCGGUUGGUUUCUGAUUAACGCACACAGAAGCCGUAGUUUCCAUGACCUUCUCCGAAUAAAAGAAAAACAUUUUCCCUUUUCUGUUUUUUUUCUCCCUCUCUCUCUCUCUUUUCUCUUUUUUUAUAACCUCGCUCUCUCCUCUGCCUCUCCCACCAAACCCCAUUCAAAAUUUGAAGUAUUCUAAGUGUUGAUGACAGGGCUGUCACCAUAUAAAAACAGGUUAAAGGGACAUUUAAGGAGGACUGAGAGAGAUAAACAACACAAGACAAGUUUGGCUUAGUGUUUCUAAAGAUGUUCAAAGUUUUGUUUUAUCCAUCUUAACAUAUAUCAAAGGUAGGGUAGGCAGGAAUCCGUUAAAUUGUCUGAAUCCUCCUUUGGCCACGACUGCCGACACAAGCAAGAAAACAGUCAACAAGAAAACAGUCAACAAUAAAACAGUCAAUAAAACAGUCAGCAAGAAAACAGUCAACAAGAAAACAGUCAGCAAAAAAAAAGUCAACAAAAAAACAGUCAGCAAGAAAUCAGUCAACAAAAAACAGUUAGUAAGAAAACAGUCAACAAAACAGUCAGCAAGAAAACAGUCAGCAGGAAAACAGUCAGCAAGAAAUCAGUCAACAAAAAACAGUUAGUAAGAAAACAGUCAACAAAACAGUCAGCAAGAAAACAGUCAGCAGGAAAACAGUCAGCAAGAAAACAGUCAACAAAAAAACAGUCAACACCAAACCGGUCAACAAGAAAACCGUCAGCAGGAAAACAGUCAGCAAGAAAAAUGUCAACAAGAAAACAGUCAACAAGAAAACAGUCAGCAAGAAAACAGUCAACAAAAAACAGUCAGCAAGAAAACAGUCAACAAGAAAACAGUAAGAAAACAGUCAACAAGAAAACAGUAAGAAAACAGUCAACAAGAAAACAGUAAGAAAACAGUCAACCAUAAACAGUCAGCAAGAAAACAGUCAAAAAGAAAACAGUUAGUAAGAAAACAGUCAGCAGGAAAACAGUCAGCAAGAGAACAGUCAACCAUAAACAGUCAACAUGAAAACAGUCAACAAGAAAACAGUCAGCAAGAAAACAGUCAACAAGAAAACAGUCAACCAUAAACAGUCAACAAGAAAACAGUCAACAAGAAAACAGUCAGCAAGAAAACAGUCAACAAGAAAACAGUUAGUAAGAAAACAGUCAACAAAACAGUCAACAAGAAAACAGUCAGCAAGAAAACAGUCAACAAGAAAACAGUCAACCAUAAACAGUCAACAAGAAAACAGUCAACAAGAAAACAGUCAGCAAGAAAACAGUCAACAAGAAAACAGUUAGUAAGAAAACAGUCAACAAAACAGUCAACAAGAAAACAGUCAGCAAGAAAACAGUCAACAAGAAAACAGUCAACCAUAAACAGUCAACAAGAAAACAGUCAGCAAGAAAACAGUCAAAAAGAAAACGAUUAGUAAGAAAACAGUCAAAAAGAAAACAGUUAGUAAGAAAACAGUCAGCAAGAAAACAGUCAACAAGAAAACAGUCAACCAUAAACAGUCAACAAGAAAACAGUCAGCAAGAAAACAGUCAAAAAGAAAACAGUUAGUAAGAAAACAGUCAAAAAGAAAACAGUUAGUAAGAAAACAGUCAGCAAGAAAACAGUCAACAAGAAAACAGUCAACCAUAAACAGUCAACAAGAAAACAGUCAGCAAGAAAACAGUCAACCAUAAACAGUCAACAAGAAAACAGUCAACAAGAAAACAGUCAGCAAGAAAACAGUCAACAAGAAAACAGUUAGUAAGAAAACAGUCAACAAAACAGUCAACAAGAAAACAGUCAGCAAGAAAACAGUCAACAAGAAAACAGUCAACCAUAAACAGUCAACAAGAAAACAGUCAACAAGAAAACAGUCAACAAGAAAACAGUCAACCAUAAACAGUCAACAAGAAAACAGUCAACAAGAAAACAGUCAACAAGAAAACAGUCAGCAAGAAAACAGUUAGUAAGAAAGCGAUUUUUUUGUAGGAUGGUAGGGGAAAGUCCCGCCUCCUUCGCCUCUGAUUGGCUGGAAAAGCUGGAAAUGUCAUCACACGCUCAAGCCAAAUGCGGGAUGUCGGCUCUGUACGUCAAACAGAAUGUUAUCGCACUUCACAGCCAAAAGGAAUAACCAAUCGGAGCCUAGCACUUCUAACCAAUCAGAGGCGAAGGAGGGCGGGACCUUCCCCUACCGUCCUACAAAAAAAAAUUUCGCUUCUACAGGAUCAGCCCUCGCUUAGCUAACUUGCCCGUUCAUUCGAACACGUUUGUACUUUUAGCUUAAACAGAUUUUUUUCGUCAAACACGUCUUUCCUUUUUUUCAGACUCGUACGCCAUCGUGUCGUUCCUCCAUCAGUCCCAGAAAACGGUGACGGUGCGGAACACUCUCAACCCCACCUGGGACCAGACGCUGAUCUUCUACGAGGUGGAGAUCUUUGGCGACCCCGAGGUCACCAUGGCGACCCCGCCUAACGUGGUGGUGGAGCUCUACGACUCGGACACAUACGUGAGUUUCCGAACUUUCUCUGGACGUGGAUUUCCGGUCCACUCGAAAACUCUCCCGUUUGAUGUUGUCGUGUUUCCGUUGAAGGGUGCGGACGAGUUCAUGGGCCGCUGUGUGUGUCAGCCCUCCCUCUCCUCCUCUCCUCCUCUGGCCUGGUUCCCGAUUCGCUUGGGGGGCAAGAACGCCGGCGAGCUUUUGGCCGCCUUUGAGCUCAUACAGAGAGAAAAGGUCAGAGUUCAACCUCGUACCUUUACCGUUUCCUGCUUCUGAAUAUUCUCUGAUGAACUCUUUAAGAUGUUGUUUUUUCACAUUCAUGUGUUCACAGCCGACAGUUCACCAUAUUCCCGGUCAAGAGGUCGGUUCUUCGUUUACGAAUAUCUUUAAUUUUCCGACUCGAGCGUUUAAAACCUUUAAAAUAUGAACGUAUCUGUUUUUUCUCUCGCCUGCAGGGAGACAUCCUGACCUCCACCCACGUUCUGGACGAGGUAAAGCCCACGGAAGACGAACUUUGUCCAUCUUUAGAUUCGAACAAGAAGUCGAAGAAUCUAAAAAGUCAGGCGGUCCAUCUGAAACUAUUUAACCUCGACAACAAAAACAGAGCCGUAUAAUUGUCUCAGUUCUUUAUUAUUGGUAUUUAUUUAUUUAUUUAUCACAGAUUAAAAACAGAGCGAGGAGGAAACGAGGCGAUAGGCGUACCCAGAAUUCCGCUCUCGUCAGGGCAGAGAAGGCGUAGGGUGCAAACGACAAAGUAAUGAGGACAUAGACGGGUUAUGGAUAUACAAUGAUUAGGAAAAGGUCAAACAGAUACAAACUGUCAUAAAUACAAUAUAGACUAAUCAUCAACCAGAGAUAGAGACAAUUUAAGUAUUCAUAAGAAGGAAAGAAACAUGAUCAUAACAGAUCAUGAUGUGUUUAAGACACGAUUAGAUAAGGUUUUAAUGAUAUUUUAAAGGAUUUGAAGGAUAAUUUUGAUUUUAGAGACACGUCCAGAUUAUUCCACAGUUUCAGUCCUCUAAAAGUGAAACUAGACUGAUGACAAGAAGUUCAACAGGAAGGUAACUGAAGAUGGAUGUUUGUCGUGUUGAGUACGGGUGAAGGUCGGAUAGAAAGGUAAAAAAGUUUCGGAAAGUUUCAGGACGGUUUUGUUUGUUAUUGAUGGAUUUAUGGACGAACAAACAAACGAGUGAAAGACGUUGAGUUUAAGAUGGAGUAUUUAGAAAAGAGAGGAGCAGAAGGUUCGUGAUAUCAUUCUUAAGAAUCUUUCCUGGAUUAAUAAUAAUUUUCUUGAGUUUAGUUGAACUCAGCUCGCCAUCGUCUUGUCUUCAUCGUUGAAUAAAGAGUCGUUGCUGAACAUCUAUUGUCAAACAAUCUGCUGAUGGUUUGGAAAUAAAAAUAUUCAAAAAAUCUAAAAAAAAGUCAAAAUGUCUAACUCAAUUUACAGAUUCUGGUCUUAGUUUGGGUUUGUAAUAUCUCCAAAUAUUAGGCGAACAGUUGAUAGUUUGGUGAAUUAGCAACAAGGACGAGACUUUAUUGGAGUCAAGAUAAGAGUCUACCUUGGAUUGUGUUUGUUUCCUUUUGUUUAAACCCUGAUCCUUCAGCUGUUUUCUCUCUUUUUACGUCUUCCUCUCUCUUUUCUUCUCGACGUCGCUCCCUCAGUUGAUGUUUCCAGGAUUCCUCUCUGAAAACCUGCAGCAAUGGGUACAAUCGAAACACAGCCGAUAAAACACUGACGCAUGUUAAAACAAAAACAUUUCUAACCUCUCAUGUGUCUUUUGUUUUGCUUUAACCGUACGGAAAGCCAAAGAGGACAUUUUUCAGAGAAAUAAGAGAUGAAAUAAACGAACAAAAAUCAAACAUGUCUUCUUUGGUUUUUCGAUAACGAGUCUGGAGACGUAUUUGCUUUAAACUCCUGAAAUGUUACAGCAGAUCUGAGCGCUCUAGUUAGUGCGCCACCUGGAGGUUAGGGUUAGUCAGUGCGUUCGCAUUAACGUCGGUGUUAAAGCGAGUUCAUCUCCAGUCUCAGUUUUCAGUUUUAACACGUCGAUACUUCACGUCUCAUCAUCACAUUUACAACCCUCACUUUUUUAUUUGUUUUAGUUUCUGUCUCUUUUUUACGUCGCUGACUCUUCUGUGUUUCCAUCGGCAGCCGGAGGAGUCGGACCUUCCUCCUCCUCCCCCUCAGAGGGAGCUGAACGUCUUCGUCGUUCCUCAGGGGAUCAAACCCGUGCUGCAAAGAACCGCCAUCGAGGUGAAAAAAGUUCAUCCAGUUGAUUCAAAUAUCCUCAAAGUAAACAUCUAAAGAUCUGUGUCUCUCCCUCAGAUCUUAGCCUGGGGUGUCCGUAACCUGAAGAGCUUCCAGCUGGCCAGCGUUACCUCCCCCAGCCUGCAGGUGGAGUGCGGCGGCGCCAUGAUCCAGAGCUGCGUCAUCCGCAGCAUGAAGAAGAAGCCCAACUUUGACAUGAACAAGCUCAUCCUUGAUGUGGUGAGAGCGCAGGGAACACGCCGCGCCGCCGCCGCACACACGCAGACGUUACACAGACGUAAUCAGAGCUGAGGCUCGCCGCUUUCAUUGCUAAUGAGCGUCCUGCUGGGCUGCGGUUUGUCCACGUCGUUAAUCUUCAUCAGAAAAACCACAAUAAUCCACUCCACUGUUUCUCUCCUCCCAAACUAGGACGCAUGUUUAAUGAGAUUAGAAACGUUUAGAUGCUGUUUCAUCCGCCCAGAGAGGAGCACGUCUGCAGAAGAAGGGUGUGUGCAUGUGUGACCUUCGGGUAAAUAAUAGGUGGAGCAGACUGGAGCAGACCUUAAACUUGGUAGAACUGCAGAUUUUUACCAUAUGGAACUCUUAAAGGGACAUUCCGGUGUGAAAUUAAUUUAGGGUCAAACACAUCGAGUUAGACAACCCCUCCAGAGAUGAAUGUUGUCGACCGCUUGCUUCUCUAGUUAUACCAACUUUAGUAACGACCGCAGGAUAGCAAUACAGAGAGCCAUGCCCUCAACCAAAACGCCACUCUAUAGCCACAAAUAAUGCUCAGAACAGCACCUAACUUCAUCAACAGGACAUAUAGGGUCACAGACAUAGUACUAGACACCAAACAUCUUUUUAGCUUUAGCAAAGAGACUAAACACAACUUGCCUACUCUAUUCCAGCAGCUUCUUGUUUGUAAGCUGGUCCAAUGAAAACCCGGUACUUGAACAGACGGUCCUUCAAAAGCUGGUCCAAUAAAAACUUGUUCCUUAAGAAGACAGUCCUUCAAAAGCUGGUCCAAUGAAAACCCUGUCCUUAAACAGACGGUCCCUCAAAAGCAGGUCCAAUGAAAUCUAGGUCCUUAAGAAGACAGUCCUUCAAAAGCUGAUCCAAUAAAAACCCCAUUCCUUGAACAGAAAGUCCUUCAAAAGCUGGUCCAAGGAAAACCCGGUCCUUCAAAAAAUGGUCCAAUAGAAACCCAGUCCUUGAACAUACAGUCCUUCAAAAGCUGGUCUAAUGAAAACCAAGUCCUUAAACAAAGAGUUCUUCAAAAGCCAUAUCCUUAAAAGCAUUAACCUUUAAAGGACUUUUCUUUUCAAAGCUGGAUCCCUAAAAUCCUGGUCCUUCAAAGGCUUGUCCUUUAAAAGCAGGAUCUUUCAAAGCCUGGUCCUCCUAAGGCUGGUCAUUAAAAGGCUGGUCAUUCAAAAUCCUGGUUCCUUCAAAAGCUGGAUCCCUCCAAAUAUGGUCCUUUUCAACGUCUCGUCCUACACAGGGUGUUCCUCUAAAGUCUGGUCCUUCAAAAAGGAGAUCCUCCAAAUGUUGCUCCUUCAAAUACCGAAUCCUUGCCCCCCUGCCCCUACUCUAGUCCACCACAUAUGUCACUCAGUGAAGACUUUUGUCACGAGAACUGAGACUCACUUUUUUCCGAGGCGGAUUUUGCCCGACCUCUUUUCCCGGUUUGAUAGAUUGUGCGUCAUCUGGUAUUACUCUUGUUAUUAGAAUUAAUAACCAUUGUUUGAUUAAGUAUUUAAUCAAUACAAAAAUCAAUCAGAGCAUUAUUCUGUCUACUUUGACCCCAUUAUUAUUAUUCCAGCGUUAGUGGAUACAGUCAUUUAUUGUAAUCAACAUGUUUAAACAAAUAAAGAGUCACUGUUUAUCCUCCAUAAGUAAAACUGCCAUGAUUUCCAUGAGUGUACGUAUGUUUUUAAAGGUUUUAUAUGAAAUCCUAAACUGAAAAAUGAAAAUCUGACUCAGAGAGUUCAGUCUUAGCAGCAUUAGGAUCUGAGGUCGAUCACCUUACUCUUUUAUUAUGACAGCUUUUACUGGAGUUUGGAAACACCAGCCUUUUCCCCCUCAUGUACACCAUCUCGCUCUGACUCUGGCGCUUCAGCGUUAACAAGAUUAAGCUCUCGUGUUGACCACCGUACCGGGGUGACAGCCUGUGGAAAUACUUUUCCCUCAAACCCAACCCUUGAACCGAGUCCAGGCGUUUAAUGUUAACGAUAUUAAAGUCUGAGUGCGUAAGUGUUUUCGUACGCCAGGAGAAAAUGUCAUGUUCAUGCUCCUGUCUGAGCUCUCUCAGGUUAUCGUGGGAGUUUAGCAUCAUUAGACCUUUAAAGGGUCAUUUUAUUAACAUUAAAUCCACUUGUGCUCAGUCAGCAGGAAAACAGUCAACAAAAAAACAGUCAGCAGGAAAACAGUCAACAAGAAAACAGUCGACACCAAACCGGUCAACAAGAAAACCGUUAGUAAGAAAACAGUCAACCAUAAACAGUCAGCAAGAAAAGAGUCAACAAGUAAACAGUCAGCAGGAAAACAUUCAACAAAAAAACAGUCAGUCAGCAAGAAAACAGUCAACAAGAAAACAGUCAACAAGUAAACAGUCAGCAGGAAAACAGUCAACAAAAAAACUGUCAGUCAGCAAGAAAACAGUCAACAAAAAAACAGUCAGCAAGAAAACAGUCAACAAGAAAACAGACAGCAAGAAAACAGUCAGCAAGAAAACAGUCAACAAGAAAACAGUCAGCAAGAAAACAGUCAACAAGAAAACAGUCAGCAGGAAAACAGUCAACAAGAAAACAGUCGACACCAAACUGCUCAACAAGAAAACAGUAAGAAAACAGUCAACCAUAAACAGUCAACAAGAAAACAGUCAACCAUAAACAGUCAGCAAGAAAACAGUCAACAAGUAAACAGUCAGCAGGAAAACAGUCAACAAAAAACAGUCAGUCAGCAAGAAAACAGUCAGCAAGAAAACAGUCAACAAGAAAACAGUCAGCAAGAAAACAGUCAACAAGAAAAAAGUCAGCAAGAAAAAAGUCAACAAGAAAACAGUCAACAAGAAAACAGUCAACAAGAAAACAGUCAGCAGGAAAACAGUCAACAAGAAAACAGUUAGCAAGAAAACAGUCAACAAGAAAACAGUUAGCAAGAAAAAAGUCAACAAGAAAACAGUCAGCAAGAAAACAGUCAACAAGAAAACAGUUAGCAAGAAAACAGUCAACAAGAAAACAGUAAGUAAGAAAACAGUCAACAAGAAAACACUCAACCAUAAACAGUCAACAAGAAAACAGUCAACAAGAAAACAGUCAGCAGGAAAACAGUUGGUAAGAAAACAAGUAAGAAAGCAAUUCUUUGGCUGGUUUGGCUGGAAAAGCUUGAAAUGUCAUCACACGCUCAAGCCAAAUGCGGGAUGUCGGCUCUGUACGUCAAACAGAAUGUUAUCACACUUCACAGCCAAAAGGAAUAACCAAUCGGAGCCUAGCACUUCUAACCAAUCAGAGGCGAAGUAGGGCGGGACCUUCCCCUACCAUCCUACAAAAUUUCUUUUUCGCUUCCAGAGGAUCAGCCCUCGCUUAGCUAACUUGCCUGUUUGUUCGAACACGUUUGUACUUUUAGCUUAAACUGAUUUUUUCGUCAAACACGUCUGAACUCUGCCAGAUCCAGAUCUGCUGUCUAACACCUAAAGUCUCCGACAUUUCUCAACAUGUGAUGGUCUGUUUGCUUCCUGAAGCGUCUCACUGACAAACAUAGGAUAUAAAACUAAAGCGGGGAACAAACAUAAGAACUGUUAGAGACCCCACACAUGACGAUCGAAAAUCAGGCAUUGACCAGUUUUGAUCGUCCUCUGUGUGGUGUUCUCCGAUAAUCUCAAAACGAUUCUGUUCCACCACCGAUCGAGAAUCUAGUCCUCCAAGACAGAAAUCUCACGUGAUAAAACGUGAUCUGACAAAAACGAAGAAGAAGAAACAUAGCAACAACAUACAAGAAAAGGGGAAUGAUGGUGUUUUUUGGAGUAUUUUUGUCAGAAAAAUCCCGCACUGAAAAAAAGAAAAGACUUCAUCGUCUACUGAGCGAGCUAGAGGUGAGCUGUUCUCAAAGUAAGCUAACGGCGUGAUUAUCCUAGUUACACAAAUAAAUUCACUUUAUUCGGUUCCUUGCUCCUCAGUCAGCUCGCUUCUUGAUUGGCUACAUUCCGUUUCACGUGACGAUUCACGGAGUCAUGACUCGGGGGUCGUCGGCUUUCCCCGCACACCUGAAGAUUUUUGGUCGUAAAUACGGAACAAGAUUAAUAUUUAAUUCAUUCUUAAUAUACCUCAGACCACAGGAUCAUCUUAGAAGACAUAAGACGAUCUUCCGAUGGUCGUCCUUGGUCGGCUACCGACGCUUCACUUCGUCCCUUGGCUUUUCAGGCACACUCAGAUACUCUCUCCUGUAUCAUCUCCUCUGCCCAGAUCUACUAGUUAAGACAGCGUUACGGUUACAAUGUCCUGAGUGGACCAGAUUUAGAUAGUCAGCAGACAUACCCAAUCAUCAUCCGGCAGGCAGAUGGCGCAACAGAUCAGAAUCGAUCCUGGAAUGGUCUAUAAACUUCCUGUUCCUUUCUUUUUCCCUCGGUCAGAGACUUCCCUGCGAGGAGCUCUACAUGCCGCCGAUCGUCAUCAAAGUCAUCGACAACCGCCAGUUCGGGAGGAAGCCGGUGGUGGGUCAGUGCACGAUCCGGUCUCUAGAGGAGUUCAGGUGUGUCCCGGAAGAGGAGCGAGCAGCUGAGGAAGAGGAGGAGGGCGACCACGGAUGGAGACGUAAGAAACGAACGGAAACGAACAUUUAAAGGUUAAAGUCAUGGUUGACCAUCUGAGAAGCAGUUGAACACACAAACCCCUCCCCUCUGUGCGCCACGAUAACUCCUCCCCCUGAACCUGUAUCUCCCUCCCCUCUUCGCCUCUGAUUGGCUAGAAGUACUGGGCUCCGAUUGGUCAUUCCUCAUGGCUGUGAAACGUCAUCGUCUGUCGGGUUAGGAGAUUCAGAAUUGCGAUAAUGUUCUCUUCGAUGUACAGAGCCGACAGUCCGCGUUUGGCUUGAGCGUGUGAUGACGUUUCCAGCUUUUCUAGCCAAUCAGAGGCGAAGGAGGCGGGACUUUCCCCUACCAUAAAAGUAUUGAGUCCAGGAAGGAUGGCUCCCAUUGGUCAAUGUUUUUGCAGACCUGAACAGAUUUUUUCCGCUCUUUUUUCUCUUUCCUUUGACGAGAUCGCACCAUAGGACCAUGAUCGCCAUAGAAACGAGGUUCAUAAUAAUUACCAACCUCUCCGAUCGUCAACCAUGACUUUAAAAACAAUAAAUUGAUGAAAACGUCUUUACUGUGUUUGUGUGUAGGUGACAUCCCCCAUUCGACCAGCGGGGAGGUCUUCAUCGACAUCGAUGACGAGGAGCCGCUCAUGCCCGACCAGGUAGAGACUUUCUGUUUCAGUAAAACGCCACGUGAAAGUGAGGCCAAAAGAUGUAGAGCUCCCUCUGCUGAUUGGCUACAGUCGAAGUCAUGAAACUUUUUUGCCAAUUUUUGCCACCUGUUGCUAUGCUACAUGACGCUACCAUCAAAUUGGUGACGAAAAGACGCAAUCCCCCAAAGGGUUGACCAUCUCAGUUCCUGUUGACCUAAAGGAGGCCGGGUCCUUCUAAAUCCCCUGGAUUAGGACCUGGUUAAAAGCGUCGUUACCUCUCUUAUGACGGUUAUUGAUUGAAAAAAAAAGCUCUGCUCGGAUUUCUGGAGCGUAAGUCAAGCCGCAGCUGUGUUGUGUCUCUCCAUCACAGCCGAACCUUCUCGGCCCAAAACUUCACGAUUCAGGAAUUUUCCAAAUCCAUGCAGGAUAAAUUUGUUCAUGAUUCGACAUUUCUCCAUCUAUCGGCGAGCGUUCAUGUCUGUGGGGAGCGUUUCAACCAAUAAGUGUGAAGGUCAAGUCUGAACAUCUGUUUGUGUGUUUGUGUGUGUUUGUGUGUGUGUUAUUGUGAAGUAGUGAGGUCCGGUUAGAAGACGAGUCUGGAUCUGAUUGUGUGUGUGUGUGUGUGUGUGUGUCUUCGUCUGAGUGUGUUCAGCGGCACCAGCGGCAUUAAUAAACACCUUCUACCAUGAUGACAUGGCAACCGUCUCUGUGGUUUGUGGUUACCGAGGCGACCACGAAACCCCUGCUCGUCACUCAUCGUUAAUGUUCCCCCUCCGUCUUUUUUUGCACUCGUUCUUUUUCUCUCUUCUUGCUGCUUUUGGAAACUUCAAAAUUAUUUUCCUCUCAGUGAAAUUCCUCUCAUCCAUAAACAGUUUUAAUAUUCACCCAAACACACGGACGGAACGGCAGAUACUGGAGUCCAGGGUACCUAUAAACGGGGUUCUGAUUCUAUGGGGGUACAGGAACCAUAAAGGACUUAAAGAAAACAAUGUAGACUACUGUAAAUGAAAGGUUUUGGUAACCUUUUACAAUAACUUUAACUUAUAAAUGGUAAAAAGACCAUAUAUAUACAAUAACCAUCUAAGUAAUGUUUAUAGAUGGUUUAUAAACCACUUAUUAAUCAUUUACAAAGUGCUACUGACACACAUUUUAACACAUCUAGAUCUAGAUGUUUUACAACCAAUAUUUAAACCCUAUAUAAACCUUUUAUAAAUAGUCCAUCAAUAAUAAAUGAAAAUAAUUAAUCAUAAUUUCAUUGCUUGUUGGUGGUAAAGUAACUAUUAACUCACAUUAAUAAACGAUCUAUUUGUCAUUUAUAAAUUAUGGUUGUUGUAAAGUGUUACCAAAGUUUAAUGUUUAGGAUUCUACAGUUUUGUCAUUUAGUUUGUAGAAAACAGCGAUCUUUGAAACAAACUAAUGCAAAAGUGGCAGAAACUGCAGUUCCUCCAGCGUCCACUAGAGGCUGAUUGCAAAAACCCCCAUUCCACAUAGAUACCCAUCCUUAAACACUGUUUUUUUACAGCAGAAAUAAACAUGUCGGACACACUGUAGUCUCAGUGACAGCAGGUGUUGGUAAUUGAAGAAGAGUCCCGACGCCGAAGGAUGGUGGUCGCCAUAUUGGAGGGGGUGGAGUCGAGUCGGUCCUUUAGCCUCCAAGCCUAAUUCUACAUCCAGUGGGCUACGACUCCCAGUUUACGAACAACUGUAGCCCAUUUUUACAGAUCUGUACCUUUUGUCUCUACGAUAUGACAGCUACGUCUUUUGUAAACAUCGUUACAUGAUUGUUUAUUCGCAGCAGCGCAUUUACGCAAAUAACUUAGCAUCAGUCCAGAAACUCGAUCUUCAACGGCGUCAUCUUAAACUUUAGUUUAAGUCGGAUUAAUGCAGUAAAUCAAUUUUUCGAACAACAUGUGAUCGAACUAAAUGUGCCUGACAGUCAGUCAAGUUAGCCACGCCCCUUUUACGCCUCAAGUGGACACUCCUGGAACUGCACUUAAGGUCCUUACACACUUGGAAUGACGCAAAUAUAAGACGCGAAAUUACGAAAUAUUCAGAGGCGAAUUUUGACACGCCUGACUGUACACAUCAUGGGCAAUGCAAUUUUGCAACUUUCCGGGUGGAAAAAGACGCGUCCUGGUGGAAACAAUCAGCUGUCGGCCAUGUUGGAUAUAUCGGUGAAUCAGACGUCACAACAAUGCGCAAUCUGAUUGGUCAGAAGUGGACACACAGUAUGCGAAACUUUAGAAAAAUCGACCGUGAUGCGAAAAAUAAAUGCCGCAAUAUCGCUGGACGGGAAAACGUCACUGAUGUGAACGCUUGUAUUGACAGGAUACGGGUUCGAAAAAAAUAUUGACGUCUGGAAUAAUCGCCUUAAAAAAACGCUCCUGGUGUGAAAGGACCUUCAGACUUCAAGGUUGUUUUUUUUUAUCGUUGAAAACUCAAAAUAAGUCCAGAACCAGAAGACAAGUCAACAUGUUCCACCUUAAACAGGGAAGAGUUGGAGAAAGAUGGAAGCCAGCAGGCUGCAGCGCCUCAUCUUCCUGGAGUUAUUACUGUUCUCCACGGCGGUGUCAUUAUCAUGUCAGCUAAAGAAAACAAGCUUAAGGAGAACAUCGCCUGAACUAUUCAACUAUUGUUAAACGAGGAAUGUUCACAAUUUGCGGUCGAUUAAAUGUUUGUCUUUGUUUAUACGUUGGAAUGUUUCCAAUCAGGAGACAACAUAAUUUGGACUUAUUGGCGAGGCGGACCACAUGAGGCUGUCACGCACUCUUUGGACGGGGGGGGGGACGCAUAAAUAAUGUACACAAGGACACAAACACGCACUCAGAGACCGCAGCGUUCCUUGUGUAAAUCACGUUCGUACCAAUAAGGACCUCGGGGAUGUGGGUCGGCUCAGGAAUGCGCUGUCAUCAAAACUGUGGUCCCCGUAGUCCAUUAUCCAAACAUUAAACAAACAAACUCAUUAUUGGGUUUUUAAUGUCCUCGUUGUUGCGUUAGCUCAGAGAGUUUGAAUCAAAGAGGAAAAGUUCAGCGACCUUGUUGUUAAAGAGUUUGGAGUAUCAGUGUUGAACAGCUGAUACGGCAGCAUUUAAAGACAAACUCUCUCGUUAAACAUGUCGGGAUUUCUUAAAUGACCCCGGGUCUACAGGUGUUUCAGUCUAUCUUGAAUAAUCUCAGAGCCACCACUCUGGAUUUUGUUGAUACGUAGGUCUUUUUUUGCAUAGUUCGGUUUUAAACUGCACGUGUCGAUGCUGUGAUUAACAAAUUAACUGGAUUUUGAGUCAAUGGAGUGAUUUCUGCAACGGAGUCAUGUCUGUUUUAUCGAUUUUAGACAAGUAGAGAAGGUUGGUAACCAUCCACUGUUGGCUUCAGACUUGUCCCUGCAGAGAUUCAUCAGGAUUCUAGAUGAUGACAUUUCUACAUCCUUUGGUUUUUCACACACUGAGGAAAAUUAUUUUGCUCACUCAAGUCUCCUCUCAUAUCGUCACUCUCUCAAAAUAAUGGGCCUUAGUCAUUUUUUGACGAAAAUGAGUUUUUGGCCUAGAUCAUCUCUUGAGAUGAUUUAGGCAAUAAACUCAUUUUCAUCAAAAAAUGACUUUGGCUAUUAUUUCAAUAGGGUGACCAUAUUUAGAGUCUGUUGGGUAUGUGACUAACCCGUUAAAGGUUAGUAAUUUUCCCCCUUUUUUAUGUCCCUGUUCCUAAACAUAAUGGGAUAAGUUGAAAUGGGGUACACCAGUUCUCUCUCAGAGGAUGCUCUGGUAUCACGGUAGACUCUGGAAAAUCAGAGUUGGAGAAUCACGAGUUCAGAAUCUGAAGUUAAUGAGCUUCAACGUGGAAAACCUUCGUUUGGCCCUUUUGUAAAAUGUUAAAUUAACUUUUAGAGACAGUCGAGUUUUUUAUUUCAGGAAAGAAUUCCAGGAUCGUGACUGUCUCUGAUCGUCUCUCAGUAGACGCAAUGGUUCAAGACUUCUGUUCUGGACUCCUUCACAUCCUCUUUCCCUUCUCCUGUCAGCUGUUGACUUUCACCCUUUUCUUUUUUUCUUUUUCUCCACUGUCAGUCCUCCACUCGUCCUUUUUCUUCCUCUCGUAAUGAUGGUGGGUUCAUCUUCUCCUCGAUUCCACGUUUACUGUCCUCUAGAAGAGAACUCAUUCAAUCGCCUCUUAGUUUAGUUUCUCCGUCCUCGUAGACCUUGAGAAGAACGUCGUUGUCGUCAUUUUCUUCCGCUUAUCCGGGUCUGGGUUGUGAGGGUAGCAUCUUCAGGAGGGAAGCCCGGACGGCCCUCCCACCAGCUCCUCCUCCGGGGGGAUUCCCAGGCGCUCCCAGGCCAGGCGAGAGAUAUAAUCCCUCUACCUGGUCCUGGGUUGGCCUCUCGGUGGGACAUGUCUGAACACCUCUAACAGGAGGCGUCCAGAAGGCGUCCUAACGCCUCAGCUGACUCCUCUCGACGUGGAGGAGCUGCGGUUCUCCUCUGAGCUCCUCCCGAGUGUCCGAGCUCCUUACCCUAUCUCUAAGGCUGAGCCCGGACACCCUGAGGAGGAAACCCAUUUCAGCCGCUUGUAUCUGCGAUCUUGUUCUUUUGGUCAUUACCCAAAGUUCAUGGGCAUAGGUGAGGAUCGGCACGUAGAUCGACCGGUAAAUCGAGUCUCUCCUUACAGCUCAGCUCUUUCUUCACCACGACAGAUUGGUUAAGCGUCCGCAUCACUGCUGACGCCGCUCCGAUCUGCUUGUCGAUCUCCCGCUCCAUCCUACCCUCACUUGUGAACAAGAUCCCUUAAACUCCUCCGCUUGAGGCAGGACCUCCUCUCCAACCUGGAGAAGGCGAUCUACCUUUUUCGGACUGAGGACCAUGAACGAAGAACGUCGUUUUAGUCUAAUUUAUAGUUGUGAUUUACAAAAAUUUCAUCAAAAAGCUACUUAUAGGUCAUUAAUAUAUAUGGUUAAAUCAUCUGCAAAAAAGCAAAAUUUUAAAUUUGUAACAUUAUCAAAUAAAUGCAAUUAAGAAAAGAAUGAAAUGGGACCCGAAAUGGACCCAUGUGGGACACCGUUUUUUGUUUUUUGAGCUCUGUAGAUGAAUGAGUGAUCUCUUACCAUCUUUUUAUCCCUGCACAUCUUUACUUCCUCUUCACUUCUCUGUUUCUGUUCCUUCUUCUCUCUUUUUCUCUCUCAAAUGUUCCUGUUCACCCUCGUUUUAUCCCUCCUGUGAUCUCUAACUCUGGUCUCUCCUCAUGACCCUCUUUCUCUCCCACAAACACUUUAAUGCACAAACUCCAUCAUUAUCCUGCCCUGAUGUCCAAACCCGAGUGUCUCAUUCGAUGAAAUCUUUGGUGACACUGGGAGGUCCACAAAAGUUAAAAUAUGACCUCAGCUAAUGCUAAUCAGAGAGUUUAUGAACGCGCUGGCAUGCGGAGUGUCGAAAUUACCCCGACAUGAACGCCCUCGUCCAAUUAAAGAGCUUUGACGUGAAAACAAGCGUGCGUUUGAACAAUAACAGUGAUGAAACCGGAGGGUACGAUCGUGGUUUUGGGACGAUCGAUAAAUCUUUUGAUGCAGAAGUUCAACAUGUGGUCAACACCCUCAAGAAACGUUCAUGUUCCCUCUUCUGUGUUGGUGUUAAAUCUGUGUUUGCAUCAGUGUGUUAAAUACGUGUCACUAACCUUCAUUCUUUAAUUAUCUUCUCUUCUGAUUGACAGUCACUCUUUGAUGCUAAUGUCGUUGCUAACGCUAACCUGCUAACCUGAAAACGUCUGUCUUAUCCGUGUCUGUUUGGAUGUUUGUCUCUCAGCUCGCAGACGGCGCCGGCUCGGCUAUCAUUAACCUUUCCACCUCUAGCACCAGUCUUCAUGUAGGUAACAAACUCAACUCCUAACAAGUUUCACUCGUUCAUGUACGGAGUCUGUGUGUCUGCACUAACCCUUGAUAUCCCACUUUUACAGUUACAGUGCUGCUCCCUUCUUCUUCGUCAUAAUUUUCUUUUUCAUUGGAAUUUAAAAAAUGCCAUUUUUACAUGCGUAUGUUGGUAGUGACAUCCAAGAAACAAUAAUCGUCUGUUCACAUCGGCAACAAAUAUAUUCAAAUAACAUCUAUAAUCUAUAUCUACGCCACAAAAUCAUGCAACCGGGCUUCUUGUUUCCAGGUUUAAAGGCGGGGUAGGCAGGAUUCCGUUAAAGAAGCAUAUUUUAAUAUCAGUCAAAAGCUAUCAGUCAUUGAUGUAAUAUAACGAUAUCGCUGUAUUUUGAUAUCCGCCUCCUCUAACCUGAUUGGUUGUGAGGCAGACGCUGCUCCCCCGUGUCAAAGUUAGCGUGCUACAAUAUCGGACAGUAGAAACCAACCAGAAAGUUCAGGGAUGUGGGGGGGGGGGGACCUGGUACAUAGUAGAGGCUUCAAACUUGGUAGGUUUGUCCCAUGAUCCAAAAUCUGGGCCUAGACUGAUUUAUUCUUGAUGAGGUAAGAGCUCAUUGGUUGAAAAAUUUCAUGCCUCAAAUGUCCCAUCUCAGGAACAGAAGGUUGUAGAGACACAGGACCGAAAGAUCAGUGUGUUCAGGGAUCCCGAAUUAGCGUACUUGCCACCCACUACCCAGUCUCUACGACUUUUUUCGAUCCAGAGAUAUAACAAUUUUAGAUUUUUUUACACUUUAAUGACCGAGCGCGAAUGACAUUUUCUUCAAUAACUCAUGAUGGAGGGGUUGUAGAUACUCAGAUAGGUUCCACACCUUCAUUCAAGGAUGUGAGCUUUCCACUGGCUCUAUGACUUUGGGAUGUACGUCAAUUUUCAUUGGCUGGAGGACAUUUUUGCAGUAUCACAAGAACAGGAGGUCGUAGAGGCCUCGAACCAAGUCCCAAGUCUCUACGACCUUCUGUUCCAGAGAUAUAACAAAUUUAGAUUUUUGAACCUUUUAUAGACCGAGGGUGAAUCCCAUUUUCUUUAAUAACUCACGAUGAGAAGGUUAUAGAUACUCAGAUUAAGGUUCCACACCCACAUUUUGGGGUAUAAGCUAUCUACUGGCUCUAUGAUGUUGGGAUGUACGUUAACUUUCAUUGGCUGGAGGACUUUUUUGCAAUACCUCAGGAAUAGGAGGUCUUAGAGGCCUCGAACCAAGUCCCAAGUCUUUUGCUCCUUUUGUUUUUGAUAUUUAGUGGAUAGGAUUAGUAUUCCAAGUUUCCAAGUCAUUAAUUUAACUCACUAAACAUUUAAAGUUUGAGAUCUUAAGUUGACUCUGGAUGUUGAAUUGAAAGGCGGACUGGUGGUGCUAGCUCUGCUAAUGUUAGCCACUCUCUCUAUAAGCUUGGCUGCUGCACUGAAUGAAUUGUUCUGUAUUUUCACCUGAAGCUGAAAAAUCUGAAUUAAAAUUAAAAUUUGAACAACUGACCAUCACUUAUUCAGACACUAAUGUUGUCACUGUUAAUCUGGAUAAAAUAUUCAAACUUUUUAAAACGUUUUAAAACCCGGCUCAUGGAAAUACCUUCUUCAGACGAUCAUGCACCGAGCGGUGUGGUUUCAGGGGAAAGUUAACCCCAGACCUGAACGUGAGGACCCGCUCCUCUUUUUUAUUUACCUAAGCCAGGUCAAUUGAAAGACUUACUCUGACCCAGACCAGACUGCAAAUACACACAUCCAGCAGAGCCCGCUCCCUCCUCGCUGGGCAGUAAUUGAGGGUGAUUUCUUUCUCUCCAAACAAAGAUAUUUGUUUUAUUAAGGGUCAGAUAUUGAAACCAGUCAAAUUAAAGGCUCGCUUUUCUGUCUGGCUGAGGCCAAAGUCAACAGAGCUGCUACAGAUCGUCUGUGCCACAAAUCUCCGUAAGCAGACAGUUACUAAAUGCAGAGGGAGGGAUGGAUAAAUGAGAGAUGAAGCGAGGAGCGCAGAGAGAAAAAAGAAAGAGGGCCGAGAUCUCAUGGCACCAGAGGAAGAAAACUCGCCCUCUCGUGUGCCAUAAACUCUGCCGUCUUCAUCUCUGGGCUGCGACCAGAAAACAGGUCAUGGGUGUACGUCUGAUGAUUACCAGAUUACCGCCGCUGUGUGUGUGCGCUCUGCGGAGAGCAGGAUCAGUCAGAUUCAGUUUCAGAGUUGGAGAGGUUUAAGAGGCGCGGCUGUCAGCGGCGUUCGGCGGCGCUCACCCCCCUUUGAGAUCUUUGGGAUCAAACGAUAUUUGGAUAGAAAAUGAACAUCGUGUGUCUCGUUUCAAACACGACAUUAAAGCCUGAUGAUCGACUUCGGUGUAAAGCCGUUUCCAUGUAAGGUGCUUUUCGUGUCACUCUCCCUCUGGCGAUGUUUGUUGUCGAUCAUUACUGGUCAUCCAAACUUUUCCGCCACGGCGCCAAAAAUCCGUCCAGUCUGCUUAUGAAAGCGCUCUGAAAAUGCUGCAGCGCGCCUCUCGUUCCAUAAAUCCUUCCUGGCUGCUUUGAGAGCAGACAAACUAACUGAAGUGGCCUCGUGCCAGGUGACUUUGCGGCAUUUUUGGGGUUUAUGAAACACACAUUUAUGGUACUUUAAUGACACCGUAACCAGGAACAAGAUGUCAAAAUAGCUUAGUAAAUCAUUUCUGUUUUUCUUGUUAUGCUAAUUACAGCUGCAGACUGAUGUAAGCUGCACUGUGCCUCCAUGUAUCGACGCGCCGUACAUAUCUGCUGCCCAAAAAUGACAUCCAAAUGUGUCCGUGCACGUCUGGGAUGACGUGGGUGUAGCGCUUUUAUAAGUCCACUGCUGGCAUUUCACACCAGACUGAAGCAAAAAUGAUAUUUCAGAGUUUAUGGUCCCUAAAUGUCACACAAAAACAGACAUCACUGGGUAUUGUAGCGCCAGUCUGUGACGUAAUAACUUAAAACUCACCGAUGUCUCAUUUAAACUAUAAUUUUUGAAGUCAUGAGUCAUGACCCCACGCAAAAUAUUUCAUCUGACUAUGUUUCCUACUUUUUUACCAUCAUUUAAACUGAAAACACAUUUCUUUGAAAAGUCAUGACCUUUCAUAUCUGGGAGUAUAACAGAAGAUAGAAGCAACAGUGAGCUGUUCCAUAUAUUUACAUAAUUAUAAAAAUAAGAACUUUGUUAAAAAUAAAUUAUUUAUUUAUGUAUUAUUUUUAUUAUUUUAUUUCUUUUAUUAUUUAUGUAUUUAUUUAUUAUUAUUUUCAUAAUAAUAAUAAUAAUAAUAAUAAUAAUUAUUAUUAUUAUUACUAUUAUUAUCAUUAUUAUUAUCAUUUAAUAUUCUAUUUAUUCUUAUGAUUAUUUUAUGAAUAUAAUUGUAUUAUUAUUGUUAUUAUUAUUAUUAUUAAUACUAUUGUUUUUAUUAUUAUAAUUAUUAUUUAUAUUUAAUAUUCUAUUUAGUUUUAUUUUAUGAACAUAAUUGUAUUAUUAUUUUUAUUUUAUAAAUAUAAUUGUAUUAUUAUUAUUAUUGUUUUUAUUAUUAUUAUUAUUAUUAUUAUUAUUAUUAUCAUUAUUAUUAUUAUCUUCAUUUAUUUAUUUAUUUUUUAUUAUUCUUAUUAUAACAAUUUUUUUUCAUUAUUUCAUUUUCAUUAUUAUUAUUUUAUAACCAUUUAUUUUAUUUAAACUACUGUUUAAAAAUGACGCACCAUAUUUAACCAAUUUAUUCACAAGCAGCUUGCAGAAAUCAGGUAAACCCAUCCCUAUUGCAUUUACUUUUGCUCCUUAAAAUUGACUGUUUUGAAUUAGUGAGUAUGUGGUUUUUUUGUGCUUCUGCAGCAAGCCUCAAGUGGGCGCUCUGGGUACUGCAGUUUCAGCACUUCUAUUUUACCAAAAAUAAAUUUUAAAGGAUGAAAGUAGCUGUGAAAUCGAGAUGUAUUACUUAUUUUUUGACUCUUACUUUGGAGAAUUUGUCAGAAGAAAGUACACCAAAAACUGCCUCACUUAGUGCUUACGCAGAUGGAAAGUCCUGGGGUCAAAGAUAUCGGUUUUGGUGAGACUAAGAGGGAUUUCUUGUUGCCAACAUUUCAACAAAGUUUUUCUCCACCAACCUACCAGAAAUUUGAACGCACAAUUUCCCACAAGUCAAAAGAAUUAAGACGGAAACGAGCCGCUGGGCAGGAACCGAACACAGGUCGAGUCACGGCUGUUUAGUGUCAAUCAGUUAGAGCAACAAAGACGUUUAUUUAUGUGAAAAUGUCACCGAAUCGACUCCAGAGCGGAGGGAAUGACACACAGACGGCUAAAACGCCUCUUCACAGCCUUUGAAUCGACCCGUUUAUUUUGGAGUUACGACAUCAGGGUGAAGGAAACCAGGAGUUGUUUAGGAACCUGAAACUUCUGCGAAAGUGAGACGGUAAAACCAAUUUAAGUUCUGGUGCUGGAUCCGCCAAAGUCUAGAAAGUCUAGAUACCUUAAAGAAAGACCUGUACGUCCUCCUGGAGGAGAUUUGUGGGUUUACUUGAUAAGUUUCCUGCAAGACGGAUUUAAUUUCAGCCGAUUUAAAGCGAUACACUAUUCGCCCACCAAACAUCGGACAUUGAAGAGACGUGCAGAUCAAGUCAGUAUUGAGUUGGUCCAUCAAAGACCACAGCUAGAUGUCAGUGCGACGUGCAAAAUAGGUCGACGUCCAAACUGGACCUUUUUUAGACGUCUCUCUGAUGUUUAGAAUUUGGACGUCAUCUGAAGACCAAAUCUAGACGUCGGCACAACGUGCAAAAUGGAUCCAAGAUUUGGACGUCAUUAUUGGACCUCUGUUAGAUGUUUGCACCUCAUCGUUAAAUAGAUGUUAUUUUGACAUUGCAUUGCGCAGUGGGUGAUAUCUUUAAAAGUAGCAGAAUCCCCGCUACAGCUGCCAUGUUUAUGUAUUUUUAAUCUCUCCACUUUUCCGCGAUAUAAAAGAACGACGACUCGUGAUCAGUGAACGAACUCGCCGCUGUGUCACUCACUGGCGUACUGCACCGGCAGAAUGGGGCUCCAAAGCACUGCCUGAUUCAGUAAACAAAUCUUUUGAACGAAUCGUUUUAAUGAACAGAUUCUAAAGAUUCAGUCAAAGGAACGGUUCUUCCAAUCACUCAGGUCCAUCAGUCUGCAGGAUUUGGCACUAAUUGAGAACUGAGAUUGUAGACGCUCAGUGAUCUGUGUCUAGUGUCUAGGUCUAGUUUUGGACCUUGUGUAUAGAAGAUGGUUCAGUGCAUGUCUAACCCAGUACCGGUCUGGCUUUUGUCCUCAUCCCGGUCUACAAACACCAAUCAAUCGAUAAAAGUGCAACAGUCUGACUGAAAUCAAACUUCUUGUAGUUUUGCAGGCCGUGUUGAUAACUUAAAAAAAACUGCUGAAUGCUCGCUGAGUGUCGGACCCUCAGAGUCUGUCUCGGCAAUACUUGCAGUCUUUCCUCUUUGACCUCUGACCCCUGACUCCACAGCUGUGGAUGGGGUUUCCCCACCAGAAGCCUUUAUGGUGCAGCUCAGCGCUCUUAUGUAAAUCCAUCCUCCCUGCUCUCACACUUCUUGGCAGUGCCAGUCUGCUUCGGUUAGCCUGGCUUUCCCUCCAGGGCGUAAUGAUAGGCUGCAAACCACAAUGACACCCUGAACAGACCACUGCGAGUGUGUGUAUGUGUGUGUGUUCGGUCUCUUGAGUGUGUAUUAAAUACCCGUCGCAGUCUGAAACGCUCCACUGGCGACCCUAAUCUGUCUGAAUCAGAAGUCGCGGACUUGAGGGAACACACCUUUAUACGCGCUGCAGCGGACGCACACACACAUUCUGGCGCCCCUGUCAUCAAUGCCUGGCACCAGCCGCACACAGAGGGCACAUUAACACACAGCAGACACUUCACGGCUCAGACACACAGCGCCAUGUCCCAGUUAAACUCCACGUGCCGCCCUUUUCCAUGCCAUGCCGCCACUUUGGAAUAAUGAGGAAUUCCGAAGUUUUCCCCUCUUGAUUUGUGAGUUUCUGGGAGUCUGUGGGAAGCGGGAGAAAGGGGAUUCCACGCCGACCCGGUGCCAUAAGAGCACUUCUGUUCUACAUUUAUGCCUACACACACACACACACACACACACUAAAACACACACACAAAGGAAAAAGUGCUGCAUGCGUCAUGAGUGCGUUUUAAUCUGCAGUGCUCCUCUGAGGGUUGAAGGUUGCAGGGCGGGGUCGCAUCGCGCUGAAAAGUGCUCGAGUGAAGGGGGCUGGUAGUUUGAUCUGUCCCCUCGGUAUUCCUCGUCUUUGUAGUCGUUGUUUCCUUGUUGCGUCAUGGCUAACACACACACACACACACACACACACACACUCAAAAAUAACCGUUUGAAUCAACCGCUCGAUGUUGCCAAUGUGAACAGACUUUAAGUAAAGUUGAUGGAUGUCGCUGCUUCACGCUAAAGAAAAUAAAAACCCUGAUAAAUACGCCGAGCGGGGGUUCACUCGGAGAUGUCAUUUUUUCCUCCAAAAAAUCACAUCAUAUAAAUCAAAAUGACUCAUUUCCAAAACCGCAGAAGCCAUCCGUUAACAUUUAACAAAAAGAUACUUUACCCACUAAAACAGAACGACAUUGUAAGUGCCGGCCUCAGGAUGACUCAGGACUGUAACAGUGAGACUUAAACAGCCUCUUUAUGGCAGCAGUGGCUUUCAAAUAGAUGCAAUUAUUUUUCCUUUUUAUUGGUUUAGAUGUCGUUUUUGAGUGAAACCCUUUUUGUGUAACGCAAACAGCUUCUUUAGAGUCUAAUUGUGUUGUUUUAGUGCGCGGUUGCAGUCUGUGUUUGUGCUGAUUGAGUGUGAAGUGUAUGACCUUUGUCUUACCUUGUCUUUCACUGUGAACGCGGACGCUAGAUGUUACAGUGGGUAAGUUUUGAAGAACUUUUCUGAAUUAUGGUUUACUGUGGUUUAUCUCAGACGGUUUAUUAAUGCAGCAGAAACAUCAACAAAUCUCUGCGAUGACUUCAGAGGAAUUUUACAUGAAUGUUUCUGGGGAUCAGCUCCAGUAACUCGAUGAAAUCUGUCAGCAGGUCCUUUCUGAAACAGUGUGAUGUAACCCAUUCAUCCAUUCAUCCAUCCAUUUGUGGAUGAAACCAGGUUCAGGUGGUAGAAGGCCCAACAUUGCCUUUCAGCUCAAGCACUCCUCGUCCAGAUAGGAAACAUAAUCCCCUGGGCAUGAUCUCAGUCAACCCUGGGGUGUACUUCCCAUAUACCAUGUGAUCCACCUGAACUUGGUCCUUUUAAACACAGAGGAAUAAUGGCUCAAUUAUCCUGGCAUCACCAUACCAGAAUGCAUCUGAAUCCUCUUAGAUCUUGUCCACACGGAACCGAAAACAAUAUAUUCCCAUUCCUAUUCCGGAUUGUGGAGGCAGCAGCUUCAGGAGGGAAGCCCAGACGUCCCUCAACCCCGGCCACUUCCACCAGCUCCUCCGGGGGGGGGGGAUUCCCAGGCACUCCCAGGCCAGGCGAGAGAUAUAAUCCCUCCACCUGGUCCUGGGUUGGCCACGAGGUCUCCACCCGGUGUGACAUGUCUGGAACACCUCUAACGGGUGGCGUCCAGAAGGCGUCCUAACCAGAUGCCACAUGGAAUCGUUUCAAGAAAUAUCUGCGUAAACACAAAACUACUGAAAAUGAUGUAGUGCAUGUGCCACACCAGUAAAUGGCGCUGUAAUGCUGCCCCGGAAAUGCAUCAAAAAACAGAAGAAGAAUAGGGAGGAUGCAUAUGAAGGUGUUUUGGCCCUAGUUUCGCAGGCGCCUUGUGGGAGUUGCACUGUGUCUGACAUUAGGCAUCAGGAAAGGAACAGGUAGGCAAACCGAUAUAACAAAAAAUUUCGGGUUUAUCCAAAAUUGGUUCUGUGUGGACAGGGUCUUAAUCCACUGGCAACAUCUGCACGUCACUGGAUGGACCUAAAACUAAUCAAAUCAAUGCAGCAUGUGGCGUAGUGAAUAAAUAACCAUACUAGUCGAUUCAAUGGAGCCAUCUUGGUUCCUCGGCUCCUGUGUCGUCAUCAGAUAGAGCCUGGUCCUUUCUGAGUAAAGAACUAUGAUUGGUCCGGUGUGUCUGGACUUGGUAAGAAAGAGUCUCACUCAUCUACCAUUAUAAAAAUAGGGAGCUGGCUGGGAACACCAGACAAAACUAACCCCGUUUAUCCAAGUUCUUGAUGCUGUCACUAAGGAUACGUCCAUCCUCCUCUCAAGGGGAACUGAUUUUAGCCUCAUUUACAUCUUGACCUAAAGCUCAUGACUCUUCGCUGGUGAUUCAAAAGCUCUAACAUCGGAAACUACAGUCACAGGGGACGUUAAAUCAAGACGGUCCUCUGCCGUUAAGCAAUAUUCAGCACAAGUAUCACCCAGAGACAAAAAAGGGGGAAAAUCUGACUUCAUUUGUGGACGAAAACCUUCAUGUGAACCCUGUUGAUGGAUUCAGUUCAGGAUGUUCAAGAACAUGUUUUGUGUUUUAAUCCAGCACACCCAUGUUCAAUAAGGACAUGAAAUAUAAACGUAUAGUGCUGUAAAACUCUAGUAUGACAGAGGAGUGAUAUAAAGCAGCUUUACGUCCAAUAAAACAAUCGUACAUGCUCUGACUGUUUUUCUGAUCUCCAUGUUGGUUCGGUCCACUCUGCGCCUGUUCCCAUCUUAAUGUUACCCGUUUCCAUUGCCUCAGUACGCCCAUAUACCAUGACCUUAAUGCCACAGAGCCACCAGAGGCAGCUUUUACAUGUGUUGACGUGAGUUGGCGUACCUCAUGUUGCUCUGGGAUCAUUGGAAAAAUCAUGAAAUGCAAGUUAUUCCUGAGCACGGAGGUGGGCGAACAGCACUCUCCUUAGCGUUUCAUGGGUUUCCAAAGGUCGUGAGGAGGGCAAGGUACUGAGUGAACUUUGGUCAGGAGUGAAGACAUGAUCGUAUUUUUACUGUAAUGCUGCUGCUGAUUAAGAAACUUCUGACCUCUAAUGAUGUGACCAACAGGAAGAGGAGUUCAUGGACUGGUGGAGUAAAUUCUACGCCUCGACAGGAGAGAAAAACAAGUAUGGGACGUACCUGGAGAGAGGCUUCGACACGCUGAAGGUGAGUGUUCAGUUUUUGAGACGUUUGCACCUUUUUUUCACCAUGUGCAUGCUUUGAAAUUAUAUUUAUGGCGCGAUCUAGUCAAACACCCGGAAAGAUCUCCUGACUGCUCUCUCAUUUUGGAUGUCUUGGUUUCUGGGUUCGGCCUUCAGCCUUUGCGGUCUGCUCUUGCGCACGUAUCUCAGCUGAGUUCAUCCUCUCUUGUCUAGAUAGAAAAAGAGAAGAAGAACUCUGCGAGGAAUUAGACGACUCAAAGACAGAUGGAGGACGAUAGAGGAAUACAUGAAUACGAUGGAGACAGAGGAGCCUUUUGUUCCCUUUUCUUGAAACGUUUUGCUCAUUAUACCAAACUUCACCGUUUAAAUCACAACUUUGCCCUCCUGCCAGUUUCUUCCGUCAGCCCGUCGCGCCGUACUCCUCCUGUUUUCUCAUGCCCCGUCUUCGAAGUCCGGCGCCGUGACAUUUUAGCCGUUUUCCGAACAGCUCGGAUGAUUCAUCCGUGUUGAAUUCACUUCGGGAUCGCAGCGCUGGGACAGAUUCAGGGGGAAAAGUCAGCUCUCCGAUGUUGGCAGGUCUAAAACGAGGAUAAUGUCAGUCGUCAAUGUCUCUCUUAAGUCGUGUUCUUUAGGAGUCUGCUACGGUUCAGCCGCCGUCCCACGAGUCCUUCAGCCUUCGCCCACGCUCUGUUCAACCCUUAUCCCGAUUCUCUUGGCCCAGAUGCCGACCUUUCCUCCCGUCGGGACUCAAACCACACGUCAGUCUUGUUGUCUAAUGCCCAAACAAAUGACUAAUCGUGUCAGAAUUUGGCCUUUAUUGCUCUUAAAUGAGACCUCUAACCUCUCCCCUGAAAGCCGUUUCACAUCGGCGCAGCAGCUUCGACUCCAGACCGUAUUUCUUCUUCAUUUGUGGAGCGUCCAUCAUCUGAAUGCGUCUACACAAACACGCAGAAGAAGAGUUAUGUUCGAAUGCUUGAGUUGGAGUGAUAACUGUAGGACAUUUAGAGGUCAAUCCUGCAGAAAAAGCCUCGGAAAGUUUGUAUCUUCCAGUUGUUUUACAGUUUAAUUCCUCGCUCUUUUCCUUUUGGAUGAAAAUAUGAAAAUAUGGCAAAAAAACUAACGGUACAACGGAGAACAAUAACCGCUUGCCCAAUAGCGAUUGACCCUUGAAGGGCCCUUUCCAUUUAACCAUCUAGUGGGUGUAUUUUUUUCAUUCAGGAAGCCCAUUAAACGGGUUCACCUCAAUUGGUGGAAACUCGGCCAAGUCGCCUUUUAGUUUUUGCGACAUUUCAAACCUUCGCUCAAAAUUCACUUGACAGUUGGAUGGAAACGGGCGAAACGACCAAUGAACGACCUGCUUAUUUACUCCCUCCUCCUCCUCCUCCUUUACUCCUUUCUCUUCCAGUCAGAUCGGCUACUGUCACAGGGAAAUGAGCCACUGUUUCCAACCUUUCCAACCUCCUUUACCUUCCUCUCACCCCGUAACGCCACCUCCUCUUACUUCACCAUCCUACCUUUUCUGUUUCCGUUGCCCUUUUACAGUUGAAGGGCGGCUACUCGCAGUUUUUGGUGUCUGACCCAAAGUCAACCCCGUCUUUAAUAUCCUCACCUUCUCUCUCGGCCGUCCCCUCUUUUUAUGUCACCUUUCUGUUUCUGUUUCCAUGUCCUCAAGCUGCUGCAAACCCGUCGAAUCAGCAGUGCAGCGCUCUCCUCUGGCGCCACCGUGGAGGUCCUCUAGAAAAUGAGUUAUGGAAAUGGCUUAGCAUGUCAAAACCACUUAGGCAAAUGAGACGUCUUCAGAAGAAGACAGGAUGCAUCCAGCACAAGUUACUUAUUUUGGUCAGCGUUCAAGAAAAAGCAAAUGAAUGGGGGCCUACACCUUCAAAGCUUGAGAGAAUGUCACCCUCACCAGAGAAACAGCCGUUAGCAUUUGGUGCUUCGGAGUCGAGUCUUUCAAACGAGACAAAACUACUUUUCAGACAAAACUAGAGAGUCUUCUGUUGGGCUGCCCAGUCCUCGAUUACAGGAAAGAAAACAAAAACUGUGCGAAUCCUCGGCUCCAGACUUUAAAGAGAGGAUUUUCAGAGAACGUCAACUCUUGGUGGACGUUAAAGAUAAUAUCCUCUCAGGGUUUAAGGGCCUGUUUCCACUGACGGUGAACUUCAAAUCGAUGCUGACUGGUUCAAACCGUCGCCAAGUUUUGAAAGUUGUCUCAUGGCUCUUUUGAAGUUGUUCUGCUGGUUCCUAAACAGGAAAUGUCAAAAUAACAGAAAGGACUCGGGACCUGGACUCGGGACCGGGACUCAGGACCGGGUCAGACCUCAGAAUUCAACCUUUGAAACUGAUGAGAACGUUAACAUUCAUGAACCCCGAGGCGUCCGAGAGUUGAACGGUUUUCAGCUCGAGCUCAUCACAUCACCUGAAAACCUGAAAUUUUCCUUUUCCUGUUGUCCUCCCUUCUUUCCUCUGUCCUCGUCAGUCUCCUGCUCUCUUUUUAUUUCCUGUUGUCUUCCCUUCUUUCCUCUGUCCUUGUCCAUCUCCUACUCUUUUUAUUUCCUGUUGUCUUCCCUUCUUCCCUCUGUCCUUGUCCAUCUCCUACUCUUUUUAUUUCCAGUUGUCUUCCCUUCUUUCCUCUAUCCUUGUCCAUCUCCUACUCUUUUUAUUUCCUGUUGUCUUCCCUUCUUUCCUCUGUCCUUGUCAGUCUCCUGCUUUCUUUUAUUUCCUGUUGUCUUCCCUUCUUUCCUCUGUCCUUGUCAGUCUCCUGCUCUCUUUUAUUUCCUGUUGUCUUCCCUUCUUUCCUCUGUCCUUGUCCAUCUCCUACUCUUUUUAUUUCCUGUUGUCCUCCCUUCUUUCCUCUGUCCUUGUCCAUCUCCUACUCUUUUUAUUUCCUGUUGUCUUCCCUUCUUUCCUCUGUCCUUGUCCAUCUCCUGCUCUCUUUUAUUUCCUAUUGUCCUCCCUUCUUCCCUCUGUCCUCGUCUCACCCCUCUCCUUCCUUUUUGAUUCUCUUCUUCUCCUUUUUCCACGUCCGUCUCUUUCCUCCCCUUCCUCGUCUUGACAGCUGAGUGGGUCAGUUUUGUUUGGAUUUGGUUAACCCUCGUCUUCACUUUUCACCUCCUCCUCCUCCUCCUCCUCCUCCUCCCUUCUUUCACCGUCUCCCCUGGUAGUGGGUUUGGUUCUGGUGGACUGGGAUUCGUUGUGUUCCAGUGAGUCGGUGUUUCCAGACUUGUCCGUCAUUUUCAUCAUCCUCAGCUUUCAUCGGGACUUUAACGUCGACCUCGGCUUCACCUUUACUCGUAUGUGAAUAUUCACGGAGUCUGUUUACACGGACCUGAUCCUGAUCCUGAUCCUGGUUUUUCAUAUUUGUGACCUUGUGGGUCUCGUGGUUCCGUCCACGUCCUCCGUCUACACCUGCCUCAGCCCCUCAUGUUUUGUCUUCACCCUCCUCUCCCUCGGUACUGGGUUUGGUGUUCAAUCUUCGAUGACUUGCUGUUUCCAACCCUCUCUUUCAUUUACAUCAUCCCCUCAUCGCUCCCCUUUUCUCCUCCCCCAUCUUUCCUCUGCUUCUCCAGCUUUUCCACCCCACCUCCACCCAGAACUUAGACCAUUUACCCCUCGACCCACUCGUCUCUUUCCCAACUCACCCUUCGUUACCUGUAAUUAUAACGAAGUAGCAGCAGAUGGUCUUUCGUCUUUCGUAGCAUCAUCUCAACGAUGUGCACAAACCAGGAACUUUACUUAAUGUGAGGAAUGACGACGCGCCAGAGUAGAAAAUGAAGUCCAGACCGGUUAUCGGACUCAUGGUUCUUCCCACGUACGGAUGGUGGCAGAGUCUCGGUGGUGGAUCGUAUCAUAUUGUGGGUUGAGGUGUCCUUGGACAGAUUAACCCGUACCUGCCAACAAUUCGGUUUUUCCCAAGACUCUCCCAUAUCUAACGCCCACCUCUUCUAUUGUCACUUCCCCCCGUGAAUCUCCCACCUUCAUUCCUGAAUCGGAUCACUACAUUUGUCCAGAGUAGAAAAUGAAGUCCAGACCGGUUAUCGGACUCCCGGUUCUUCCAAUGCACGGAUGGUAUUGUGGCAGAGUCUCGGUGGUGGAUUGAGUUGACUCUGUGGUCCAUGAGUGGAUCGUAUCGUAGGUGUCCUUGGACAGAUUAACCCGUACCUGCCAACACUCCGGUUUUUCCCAAGACUCUCUAACACCCACCUCUUGUUUUGUCAUUUCUCCCGUGAAUCUCCCACGUUCGUUCAUGAAUCGGAUCAAAAGUUUCUAGACAACCGAAGAUAGUCCUGUUUCUGCUGAUCCUCACAGACUCUGGAUCGAUACUUUGACUUUACAGUUCGAGACGAUUCCGGUCGGUUUGAGCUGUAAACUUUAUUCAAACAGUGUUUGUUGAUGAACACUUUAGUAAAACGGAAACAAACCUGAGAUAUUAUAUUCACGUUGAUCGUCUUGCACCGUCUCGGAGUGAUGCGUUCAAGUAACUGAUCGGGAUUGGCGACUAAAGACCGACACGUUACAGAGAUUCCCCGAUGCUCUUCUGUGAGACGAACUUUGGCCAAAUCUGGGACCCAUUCGGCUCUCGCCUGACGACAACACGGCCCCCCAGGGAGCGUUUAGCUGACUUCACCACCCACUGGUCUAUUUUUGUAGCGGUGAAGUCACCGCUUAGGGAUCGAGGACUUCAGGUCAAGACUUCUUCUUCCCCAUGUGGUUCUCUAACCUCGAGUCUGAUCAGGAACUUUGCCAACAAGAUUUGAGAGAAACUCGUCAUGUGGUUUUAUUUCCAUCAUGUUCUCGAGGUUUUGAAUUUAAGGCCCGUCCCUAAUAACCCAAAAGAAGGAUAUUGAACAUCAGUCUUCUUCUUUCUUGUUUUCCCUGGAAAGUUCUGGGUCUUCACUCCCGGUGUUUCCAGCUCGCCCUUUCAGCGAGCGGCGGCAGCGGCGGCGGAGCUGUCAUAUCUGAGCGAGUGUGACUGAUGUGGACAAACAGCACUAAUGAAAACGAUGAAUCUUUUUGUGCUCCUGACACAAAGACGUCCCCGCCCAGAUCCUCCGACACACUCACGCCGCCGCCGCCGCCGCCGUCGUCUGAGUGUAAUAAUAAGAAAGUGUGCGGAGAAGAUCCUGGAUCUGGUUCAGGGUCUGUGUUGGUGGAUUUAGUGUUGGCAGACUGAUAAAAACUGUUCAAAUAAAGAUCAGGCUGACGUCAAAUUCACCGCAGAGAGAGAGAGAGAGAGAGAGAGAGAGAGAGAGAGAGAGAGAGAGAGAGAGAGAGAGAGAGAGAGAGAGAGAGAGAGAGAGAGAGAGAGAGAGAGAGAGAGAGAGAGAGAGAGAGAGAGAGAGAGAGAGAGAGAGAGAGAGAGAGAGAGAGAGAGAGAGAGAGAGAGAGAGAGAGAGAGAGAGAGAGAGAGAGAGAGAGAGAGGGAGAGAGAGAGAGAGAGAGAGAGAGAGAGAGAGAGAGAGAGAGAGACAGAGAGAGAGAGAGAGAGAGAGAGAGAGAGAGAGAGAGAGAGAGAGAGAGAGAGAGGGAGAUUCUGUUUGAAGAUUUCAGCUUCUUCAUAUAUUUACUGUUUGUUUUCUUCCUCUUUCAUCCUCCUCUCUCUCUCUCUCUCUCUUUCUCUCUCUCUCUCUCUCUCUCUGGUUUUCUCCUUUUUUACAUGUCAUUCCUUCUUUUAUUUCUCUUUCUUUCUCCCUGUUAGGAUUUUGUCCUCCUUAUUUCUUUUUUCACCUUUUUAUUUUGGUAAAAAGUUGUUUUCAUGUUCUUUUUCCAACCUUUCUUUCAUCCCUCAAAUUAAGAAGUAUUCUUUCUUUCUUUCUUUCUUUCUUUCUUUCUUUCUCUCUUCUUCCUGUAUCUUUUUUCCUUUUUCCUACUUUAUUUCCGUCUUCCUUUCUUCUGUCCUACUCCUGUCCUUUGUUCUUUCUUUCUUUUCCUUACUUUUCUUUCCCCCUCUCUUUUCAUCUUCUCCCUUUCAUCCUUCUUUUCUUUCUUUUUCCCUUUCCUCUUCAUCCUUCUUUUCUUUCUUUGUUCCUUCUUCUCAUUUCUCUACCUUCGAUUCCUUCUUCCAUCUCUCAUUUCAACCUUUUAUCCUUCCUUUCAUUUGUCCUUCCACCUUCCUUCCUUUUCUCUAUCCUUGAUUCUUUUCUAUUCUUCCUUCUGUCCAUCCUACAAAUUGUCCUUGCAUCCUGCUUUUCUGUCUUACUGUCCUUCAUUUCUCCCAUCCCUCUUUCUUUCUUUCUUUCUUUCUUUCUUCCUACCUUUCAUUUAUCCUUCAUUCUUUCCUUAUUUCCCUUCCUUCCUUCCUUCCUUCCAUCCUCCCUUCUUUCUUUGCCUUCUUCUUCUUUCCUCCCUCCCAUCUCUCCUUCUUUCCUUACUCUCCUUCCCCUCUUCCAUCUCUCCUUUCUCUCUCCCUCCCAUCUCUUCAUCCUUCUUUCCUCACAAUCCUUUCUCCUUUACAUCUCUCCUUCCUUCUUUUCUUACAUUCCUCCCUACCUCCCACCUCUCCUUUCUUCUUUCCUUACUCUCCCUACUCCCUUCCAUCUCUUCAUCCUUCUUUCCUUACACUCCUUUCUCCUUUCCAUCUAUCCUUCCUUCUUUGCCUCCUUCUUCCUUCUUUAACUCUUGAUUAGUUGAUGUUAAUAAACUGUUUUUGGUUUUAAUCCCUCUGUAGUCAUAAUAUCAGGCGUUGAGUUCCUGUAAAUCUGCGUCUCCCCCCUCUCCCCCUCUCUCCCCCUCUCUCCUCAGGUGUUUGACGGAGAUCUGGAGAAGGUGGAGGGUCUGGAGGGUCUCUCAGAUUUCUGUCAGACCUUUAAGCUCUUCAGAGGAAAGACUCAGGAUGAAGGAGAAGAUCCGUCUGUGGUCGGAGAGUUUAAAGUAAGUCAGUUCUGCUCUAGAGUUAUUAAAAACUGUUUUUUCUUCGUCUAAAUCUUGACUCUUCGUCUUCCUCACUUUAACCCCGCCCACUCAUCUUCAGGGGAUGUUCAAGAUCUACCAGCUGCCGGACGACCCCUCCGUCCCCCCUCCGCCCAGACAGUUCAAGAAGCUUCCUCCAAACGGCAUCGAGGAGUGUUUGGUCCGGGUCUACGUCAUCCAGGCUCACGGCCUGCAGCCCAAAGACACCAACGGGAAGGUACGAGGACCCGAGUCCGAUCCAGGGAGGAGGGUCUGGUUUUUAAUCCCGGUCUAAGUCCAGUCUGUCUCUGGUUUUUAAUCCCAGUCUAAAUCCAGUCUGUCUCUGGUUUUUAAUCCCAGUCUAAGUCCAGUCUGUCUCUGGUUUUUAACCCCAGUCUAAGUCCAGUCUGUCUCUGGUUUUUAAUCCCAGUCUAAAUCCAGUCUGUCUCUGGUUUUUAAUCCCAGUCUAAGUCCAGUCUGUCUCUGGUUUUUAACCCCAGUCUAAGUCCAGUCUGUCUCUGGUUUUUAAUCCUGGUCUAAAUCCAGUCUGUCUCUGGUUUUUAAUCCCAGUCUAAGUCCAGUCUGUCUCUGGGUUUUAACCCCAGUCUUAGUCCAGUCUGUCUCUGGUUUUUAAUCCUGGUCUAAGUCCAGUCUGUCUCUGGUUUUUAAUCCCAGUCUAAGUCCAGUCUGUCUCUGGUUUUUAAUCCCGGUCUAAGUCCAGUCUGUCUCUGGUUUUUAAUCCCAGUCUAAAUCCAGUCUGUCUCUGGUUUUUAAUCCCGGUCUAAGUCCAGUCUGUCUCUGGUUUUUAAUCCCAGUCUAAGUCCAGUCUGUCUCUGGGUUUUAAUCCCAGUCUAAGUCCAGUCUGUCUCUGGUUUUUAACCCCAGUCUAAGUCCAGUCUGUCUCUGUUUUUUAAUCCCGGUCUAAGUCCAGUCUGUCUCUGGUUUUUAAUCCUGGUCUAAGUCCAGUCUGUCUCUGGUUUUUAAUCCUGGUCUAAGUCCAGUCUGUCUCUGGUUUUUAAUCCCAGUCUAAGUCCAGUCUGUCUCUGGGUUUUAAUCCCAGUCUAAGUCCAGUCUGUCUCUGGUUUUUAAUCCUGGUCUAAGUCCAGUCUGUCUCUGGUUUUUAAUCCUGGUCUAAGUCCAGUCUGUCUCUGGUUUUUAAUCCCAGUCUAAGUCCAGUCUGUCUCUGGGUUUUAAUCCCAGUCUAAGUCCAGUCUGUCUCUGGUUUUUAACCCCAGUCUAAGUCCAGUCUGUCUCUGUUUUUUAAUCCCGGUCUAAGUCCAGUCUGUCUCUGGGUUUUAAUCCUGGUCUAAGUCCAGUCUGUCUCUGGUUUUUAAUCCCAGUCUAAGUCCAGUCUGUCUCUGGUUUUUAACCCCAGUCUAAGUCCAGUCUGUCUCUGUUUUUUAAUCCCGGUCUAAGUCCAGUCUGUCUCUGGGUUUUAAUCCUGGUCUAAAUCCAGUCUGUCUCUGGUUUUUAGUGUGACCCCUAUGUGAAGAUCACUCUGGGGAAAAAGACCGUCAACGACCACGAUCACUACAUCCCCUCCACUCUGGACCCCGUCUUUGGAAAGUGAGUAGAUCUCUGAUUUGUUAGUCCCUGACUGUGAGUCCUCCUCUUGUCCAGUAGGGGUCGCUGCACUCACACCGAUCACACAGACACUCACUCUUUGUUUUUCAGGGUCAGUCGAGAUUUAAAGUUCCUACAGAAACAGAGAAACGUUCGUCCUGCUGAGAGGAAACGAGAAAAACAACAAAAAAGAGAAAAAAAAGAGAAAAAGUUUAAUUUCCACUAAAGUGACGUUUCCACUGCAGAGACCAGGAACCUUCUGAGGACGGAACUUUAAAGGGAUAAUCUGCAGUAAAAUUAAUUUAAGUCAAACACACAGAGAUAGACUCUCCCUCCAGAGAUGAAUGUUUAAUUCUUCCAUCCUUCUUUCCUUUCUAUCCUUGCUCCCUUCCACCUUUCCUUGCUUUUUUGCCUCAUUCUUUCUUCCUCCCUUCCAUCUAUCCUUUCCUUCUUUUCUUACUGUCUUUCCUUCCUUCCAUCUAUCCUUUCUUCUUUUCUUCCUUCUUUUAUCUAUCCUUCCAUCUAUCCUUCCUCCUUUCCUUACACUCCUUCAUUCCUUCCUUCCAUCUAUCCUCUUUUCUUUCCUUACUCUCAUUCCUCCCUUCUAUCUAUCCUUCCUUCUUUCCUUCUUCUCUCCUGCCUCCCUUCAACCUCUCCUUCCAUCUUUCCUUACUCGCCUCCCUCCUUCCAUCUAUCCUUCUUUCUUUCCUAACUCUCCUUCCUUCUUUCCCUCCUCUUUCCUGCCUCCCUUUUAUCUAUCCCUCCUUCUUUCCUUACACUUCUUCCUCCCUUCCAUCUCUCCUUCCUUCUCUCCUUCCUCCCCUUUUAUCCAUCCUUCCUGCGUUCCUUACUCUCCAUCCUACCUUUGAUCUAUCUGUUUCUUCCUUGCCUCCUUCCUUCUCUCUCCCUUCAAUCUAUCCUUCCUUCUUUCCUUACUUUCCUUGCUACCUUGCAUCCAUUCUUCCGUCUUUGCCUCCUUCUUCCUUCCUCCAUUCCAUCUAUCCUUCCUUCUUUCCUUCCUCCCUCCUCCCUUCCAUUUAUCCUUCCUUCUUUUCUUACUCUCCUUCCUCCCUUCCAUCUAUCCUUCCUUCUUUCCUUCCUCCCUCCCUCCCCUUUUAUCCAUCCUGUCUUCUUUUCUUACUCUCUUUCCUUCCUUCUAUUUCUCCUUCCUUCUUUCCUUCCUCCCUCCCUCCCCUUUUAUCCAUCCUGUCUUCUCCCUUACUCUCCUUCCUCCCUUCCUUCUAUCCUUCCUUCUUCCCUUCCGACCUCUUGACGAGUGUCUAACUCGGUCUUUUUUGUGUUUGACCCUAAAUUGAUUUUACUCCGGAUUAUCCCUUUAAACAGACGUCACCUCUACGUUAGCGAACUUUGUCGCCUGAUCUUGUUGAAAACGUAGAAAGUUCUUAUUUUGUCGUGAAACCUGAAGUCAGAACGUCGUCUCGGUUAUUUUGACGAUAAGUUCACGAUCAGAACCAGAACUGAACGCUGAGUUCCUCCUGUCUCCAGGAUGUUCGAGCUCACCUGUUCCCUCCCUCUGGAGAAGGACCUCCAUGUGAUGGUGUACGACCACGACAUGCUGACCAAAGACGAGAAGAUCGGGGAGACCGUGAUCGACCUGGAGAACCGCUUCCUGUCCAAAUACGGCGCCAUGUGCGGUCUGCCGCAGUCCUACUGCGUGUGAGUAGACCCGGAUCUGUAAAUCCAGAUUGAGCAGACCAAACCGGUUCCUCUCUGAACCCUGAAUCCUGGUCCGUCUCUGUGUCUCCUCCCUCAGGUCUGGAGUGAACCAGUGGAGGGACCAGCUGACGCCGCGGCAGCUUCUGUUACGACUGUGUGAGCGCCGGAACCUGCCGAAACCGGUCUACCAGGACGAGGUGGUCCACUUCAGAGGGGAUCAGUACACCGCAGCAGACCUGGGUCAGAACCAUCGAAGUCUUCUGUCUUCACUCCUUCUUUCCUUUCCUCUGUCCUUGUCUCCUCUGCCCUUCUCUUAAUCUUUUCUCUCCUUAUCUCCUCUCCUACAUCCUUGCCUCCUCUCUCCUCUCUUGGAGAAACCUCAGGACCACCUGAGAAUCUCAACAUGUGAUAAAUGUUGAAGCAAUUUUCACUUCUACACACACACACACACACACACUCACACACACACACACACGCACGCACGCACGCACGCACGCACGCACGCACACACACACACACUCGUUCAUGGAUGAAGGUCACGUCUUCUGUUUGUGAACGUCUGAGCGCCAACGUCAACACCCCGGCCGGUCGUCUCUGUUAAACGGCGAGCGCCGCAGCGUUCUCUUUCCACGGUUGCCGUGGUUACCGUGCGUCAGCCCGCUGUCCGUCAAACGAGGUUGCUAAACUGUUGAGAGACUUUUUUCUUUUGACUUCUUUCUCCUGGAUCUGCCUUUUCUUAAACUUUCUUUCUCUCUUCAUCACUUUCUCUCGACUCGAUCUCUCUUUUUUCCAUACUUUCUCAUUUCUUCACUUUUCAAUCUUGCCAUUUAUCCGUCUUUAUCAUUCCCUCUCUCCACCUUCUCCUCCUUCCUUUUUUUGUUUCCUUGUCUUCUCAUCUUGUUUCACACCCUACCUUUUCCUUUCCUCCCAUCUUCUCAUCACUCCUUUCCUUGCCUUGUUCUUCCUGCCUUCUUUUUCCUCACUUUACCUCCUCUCCUAAGUCACCACCUUGUCUCCUUUCCUCUCUUCCUCUUCUGUCCCUUCUUUUUUCUUUUUGUUUCCUUGUCUCCUCCUCUCCUUCUGCACCUAACCUUCUCAUUUCCUUCAUCUUCCCUUCUCUCCUUCCCUUGCCUUGUCCUUCCUUCCUCCUUUCUUCUUCUCUUUUCUUCCAUGUUUCAUAUCCACCUUUUUUUCUCUCCCUUUACCUCCUUUCCUAAGUCACCACCUUGUCUCCUUUCCUCUCUUCCCUCCUUUAUUCUAUUGUAUCCUUGUCCCCUCCUCUCCUUCGCACCCUACCUUCUCCUUUCCUCCCAUCUUCUCUUCACUCCUUUCCUUGCCUUGUUCUUCCUGCCUUCUCUUCCUCACUUUACCUCCUCUCCUAAGUCACCUCCUUGUUUCCUUUCCUCUCUUCCCUCCUUUAUUUUUUGUUUCCUUGUCUCCUCCUCUCCUUUUACUGUCAACAUUCUCAUUCCCUCCCAUCUUCCCUUCCCUCCUUUCCUUGUUCCUCGUGCCUUCUCUUUCCUCACUUUACCUCCUCUCCUAAGUCACCUCCUUGUUUCCUUUCCUCUCUUCCCUCCUUUAUUUUCUGUUUCCUUGUCUCCUCCUCUCCUUUUACUGUCAACAUUCUCAUUCCCUCCCAUCUUCCCUUCUCUCCUUUCCUUGCCUUGUUCUUCGUGCCUUCUCUUUCCUCACUUUACCUCCUCUCCUAAGUCACCACCUUGUCUCCUUUCCUCUCUUCCUCCUCCCUCCUUCCUCCUCUCCUCGUACAGUCGAGGUGACUCGGGGUUUACCGUCGUAAACUUUUGAUGUUCGUUUGAUUUUUGGGUUUUUCUUGGAACAGACGCAGAUUUUCCAACAUCUUACAGUGUGUGUGUGUGUGUGUGUGUGUGUGUGUGUGUGUGUGUGUGUAGUGUGUGUGUGUGUGUGUGUGUGCUGAGAUGAUGAAUAAUUCCUGUAUGAGUCCACCCUGUAUUCUGUGUUUCCAUUCUCCACUCUUUAAAAGUCACAUGACCAGUUUUCACUUAGACCUCCAUAUCUGUGUGUGUGUGUGUGUGUGUGUGUGUGUGUGUGUGUGUGUGUGUGUGUGUGUGUGUGUGUGUGUGUGUGUCUUCAGAGGACAAAAACGUCCCCAAACGUCACCUCGGUCCCAUUAAGGAGUGUCUGUCCCUCCACAUCUUGAGGAAAAUGGGUUUGGUACCGGAACACGUGGAGACCCGGACCCUGUUCAGCCCUCUGCAGCCGGAGAUCGAGCAGGUAACGCCUUUACUCCACCUUCGUUUUUUUUACCCUCCUUUGUUUUUACAUCGCUGUCUUCUGAUUGGCUGUUGAUGCUGUUCGUUAGGGGCGUCUGAUGAUGUGGGUGGACCUGUUCCCAAAGUCCCUGGGACCGCCUGGACCCCCCUUCAACAUCACGCCGCGCAAGGCUAAGAAGUAGGAACGCAGACAUGACACUGUCGACAUGAGAGCUGGAGAUAAAAUUAGACUUCAAGAAACAAUCGACCAAUCAGAUAACGGAUCAGAUAAUCAAUGAAUGGGAAUAAUGGAGAUAUAUAUAAGUCAACCGAUCAAUAAAACAGUGGAUCUGUCAGUCUGUCACAAAGACAAGUUUGUUGGUCUGUUUAAUGUCUAUUUUAUUUAUUCAAUCAUUUAAUCGAUUUCUUUAUUCAUUUCAUUUUUAUUUAUUCAGUUAUAAAUCUAUUCUAUACUUAUUUAUUUGUUCACUUAAUCGAUUUCUUCUUAGUUUCAUUAUCUAUUUAUUUAUUCAUCAAUCUAUUUAUUUACUUAUCUGUUUAUUUGUUUAUUUAAUUAUUAAUUAUAAAUGUAUUCCUUAUUCAAUACCUUAGUCCUCAUCUAAAUUAACUUUUUCAUUUAUUAAUUAAAUUAGUUUUUUGAUCAAGUCCUUUAUUUAUUUAUUCUUUAUUAAAUUCAUUUAUAGGAGUUUCUGUCAUUUAUUGAUUUAUUUAGCUCAUUUAUAAAUAAUCAAUCUUAAUAUCAACCCAUUUAUUUAUCUAUUUAUUUAUUCAUUUUCUUCCUUAUUUAAUUUUGUAUUUAUUUACUCUUUAUUUAAUUCAUUUUUAGUUGAUUUGGUUAGGGUUAUUUAGUUUAUUAAUAAAUAAUUUAACCGUUCAUUUACCAGUUUAUUAAUUUAUUUAUCCAUUAAUUGCCUUUUCUAUUUAAUUGUGUAUCAAUUUAUUCUUUGUUUAAAUUUUUGGGGUAGAUUUGGUCAUUUAUUUAUUAAUUUGUUUAGUUCAUUAAUAAAUAAUUUAUCUAUUUUUUUUACUAAUUUAUUUAUUUAUUUAUUCCUUUUCUUCUCUUUAUCCAUUUCUUUUUCUUCUUUCUUUAUUUAUUCAUGAAUAUUCAUUGAGUUAUUUAUUCAUUCAUUCAUUCAUUCAUAAAGUUAUUCUUUAGACGGUGAGUUGAUUAGUUGUUUCCUCCUGAUCAAUUUAUUUUAAAAAGAAAAAACAAAAAAUGAGCAAAAAUUCAGAGUGAAAAAAAAAUGGAAAAAGGACAAUGAUGUGAAUCUAUGAUUGUGAAAUAAAAUUCACAAAAACAUCAUGAAAAACAAAACUAGAUAUUUCUUUCUUUGAAUUAACAGUUUGGAAAAAUGUGUAAAUUUUAUUUCAUUUAGUGUGUUUCUUUUUUUCUUUUGCGGUGACAUUUUUUUAAAUUGCUGACUCUUAAUUAUUUUAUUUUUUAAUGCUAAAAUAAAUCUAUAACUAAAGUUUGUUUCGGUCUUCGUUCAGGUUCUUCCUGCGCUGCAUCAUCUGGAACACCAGCGAUGUCAUCCUGGACGACGUCAGCAUCAGCGGCGAGAAAAUGAGCGACAUCUACGUGAAAGGGUAAGAGCGAAAAGGUUCAUUUUUCACGUUUUAUUCCCGACGUUCGUAUUCAAGAUAAUAAACGAGUCAGUAAUAAAAUCAGUGAAAAUGAGGAUCUGUGUUUAGUUGGCUGGAGGGACACGAACACAACAAACAGAAGACGGACGUCCACUAUCGCUCUCUGGGCGGCGAGGGGAACUUCAACUACAGGUUCCUGUUUCCGUUCCACUAUCUACCUGCAGAGCAGCUCUGCGUGGUCGACAAGAAGGUAAGGAGGCGGGGUUUAAACUCUUGUCGUGUACGAACAGAGAGUCCAGUUUUAUUCUUUUAGAACUGAGUAGAGACCCCCCACGGUUAGACCGGAUCAAAGCCGGUCCAGAUCCUGAUCUACAGCCGCCGUACAACAAUUAACAAAAAUAAUGAAGUGACGUUUUAACGGGAGUGAAUUAGAUGCUUUUGACUCCCAGAGACUCGACAGAAACACGGAGCGGAGAACCAUAAAACAACACCUCACUGAAAACUGGAAUAACAACACGCCUGUCAUUUGCUGUUCUUGGCGCGGGAGCCGGGCUCUUUAGCCGUCCGCAGCCGACAUGUUUUACGACGGCGUUCCCGUCUUGUAGCAGCAUCCUCAAUCAGCGGGCGGCUGAGAAGACGAGAGGGAGUUUUAAAUAAGAAACUCUGCAGGGUGGAGAGUUUUCCCUCCAAAACAGAGCCGCAGCCAGAAACAUGCUUUAUGAAGCCAGAAGGAUCUGCGGUCGGUGAUAUAAUGACUGAGUCAUCGCCGCCGCCGCCGCCGAUCAACAGCUCUAUCAACACUCACACUUGUUAUCUUUCUCUGCUCUUUUAAGUCAGAUCAGAGAGUUCGACUCAGAGUUUGGUUCUUCUAUGAAUCCUCAGAAAGUUUUCUAAAGUGAAGGGAGAGGAGGAGAAGAGAGGAGAAGAUGAGUUUUCAAAUGUGUCUGAAAAGCUAAGGGACGGAAUCGGUGAUGACUGCCGGGAUAGAAAGUGAGUUUUUCUGUUAGAGGGAUAUUCCAGCGUAAAAUUGGUUAAGGGUCAAACACCAAGUUAGACACCCCGUCCAGAGAUGAAUGUUGCCGACCGCUUCCUUCUCUAGUUAUACCAACUUUAGUAACGACCGCAGGAUAGAAAUACAGAGAGACACGCGCUCAACCAGAACGCCACUCUAUAGCCACAAAUAAUGCUCAGAACAGCACCUAACUUCAUCAACAGGACAUAUAGGGUCACAGACAUAGUACUAGACACCAAACAUCUUUUUAACUUUGACUCAUUUCUUUAGCAAAGAGACUAAACACAACUCACCUACUCUCUUCCAGCAGACGCUUGUUUGUAACGAGACCUUGGGCCAGUCCAUUACGGACUACAGCGGGGUGCCGCAGCUCAAGGAAGAACAUUUAUGUGGGGAUCUGUACAGUCUCGGAUGGGUUUGGGGAGUGAAUUCAAGAGGGUGGGGGUGGCAACAGAGAAGGCUCUGUCCCGCCCAAGUUCGAUGCUUGGUCCGAGGGGGUAGGGCAAGAAGAUUUCCCUCUGAGGGUCAGAGGGCAUGGGAGUGGGUGUAGUGGUGGAGCAGGUCUGUGAGGUGGGUGGGGGCCAGGUUGUUGAGUGAUUUGUGGGUGAGCAGGAGGAUUUUGAAUUGUGUGCGGUAUGAGAUGGGGAGCCAGCAAAGUUUUUAGAGGACAGGGGUGAUGAUAAAGAAAUGAUCAUAAAUGUUCUUCCUUGAGCUGCGUCACCCCGCUGUAGUCCGUAAUGGACUGGCCUGAGGUCUUGCUACAAACAAAAGAGUCAAAGUUAAAAAGAUGUUUGGUGUCUAGUACUAUGUCUGUGACCCUAUAUGUCCUGUUGAUGAAGUUAGGUGCUGUUCUGAGCAUUAUUUGUGGCUAUAGAGUGGCGUUUUGGUUGGGGGCGUGUCUCUCUGUAUUUCUAUCCUGCGGUCAUUACUAAAGUUGGUAUAACUAGAGAAGUAAGCGGUCGACAACAUUCAUCUGUGGAGGGGAGAGUAUCCCUUUAAAAUCCUGUUUGGAUCUUUUCGUCUGUGUUGACUUUGGCGCCCCCUGUGGACAAAGUAGUAACCCUUUUAUUCUUUAUAGUAUUUCUGACUUUGUCCUCAUUCUCUUCUUAAUUCUCUCAUUUGCUUUUGAGACGAAUCACCGUAAAUAAACUCCGUCUGUUAGCUUCGGAUGAUUGAAUUACUGAGUAAAAACGCGUUAUUCUUCCAUCGUUAAAUCGAAAUGAUGUAAUUUAGUUUCGGGCGAUAAAUUAUCACGACGUUUACGAGCGAAGAGGCGAUCGAAAAUGAUGAAGAGGAGGAGAGAGGGAGACGGAUGGAGGGAGGAAAUGAAGGAGAGGACUGAACAGGACUCUCUACUUAGCACACUGGCAAGAAAAAGGAAGCUGAUUGAUGUUGUUAGAUAUUACAGAGAGCGGCUACACACACACACACACACACACACACUUGGAUAAUAGAGCGUCACACCCCUGCCUGUGACAGCUGUGGAGUGAUAUCUUAAUGUGCUUGGACAGAGUUAGUGAACAAACUGAGCCAAACACACACACACAAAGACACACACACUGACACUGACAUGAGUACGUGCUUCAGCAGACACACACAGACACACACACAGACAGGGUGUAGUGUGUUUACUCUCUCUGUUUGUGUGUUGUCAUGAAGUGUGAGAGCAUGGUGUGGAUUUAGACUCCGAUGUGGAGAGUCGGUGUGAAGUCAUAACGGCGACACAAGAGGCGAGUCGUUUGUCAUUUUGAGUCUUUUUUGUGUAACGUGAUUUAUCGUCGAGCCAAACCCGACUGUGUGUUUGUCUUUUUAAAAAACUAUCGCUGACAAUUUGACAGAAUAUUUAAAAAAAAAACAGGAAAAGUUGGAAAAACUGUGGAAAAGGUUCAGGUGCAUAAAAAAAAGACGUAACACGAGAAGCGUUCGAACCUUUGACUCCAUAGAAAGAUGGACUCUGCAUGAAUAAAACUAAAAAACUCACCAAGAAUUACCUCACCAUCCGCUCAUAUGUGGAAAUGAACAUCAGGACGAGCAUCAGGGAGAGAAUCAAAACAUGAAGGAAAUGAAGUAGGUCCAAGUAUGAAGCCUUGAGGGACUCCACAACAAACAUUAACAAAAAAAGAAAGAAAUACAUAAAAACAGCCAAUUUAAAUAAAAAAAGACAUUUUUUAGAAUUGAGACAAUGACAUUUUUAAAGAGACUUAAGUCAAUAGAAAAGGAUGACAGUUAGCAAAAUGAGUGUAAUUCAUGAGUUUAUAAAUAAAAAAAAUUAUAAGGGUUGAAUCAUCAGCAAACAUUUGAACAUUAACAUUUGGACAAUCACAGGGCUGCUGAUAAAUUUUUAAAGAAAAUAAAAGAGAUCCAAUUAUGGAGUCCAACCAAAGGAGCUCAAAAAUUUAAACUAAUUUAAAAAAAAAAUUGAAAAAAGAAAAAAAUUAUAAAUGUACAAUAAAAUGGUUUAUAGAGCCCAAAGUGCUCUGCAUACAAGGAAAAAAAAACUAAUUUAAACAAACAAACAUACAAAAAAUAUUAAAAAAUGUACAAAAAAAUUAGUUAAAGAUCUGAAAAUUAACAUUAGGACAGACAUUCCUGAGGUCAUUAAUCUUUAUAGAAAAUGAAAUAGGUCCAAGUACAGAGCCCAACCAAAGUGCUCUGCAAAAAAGGGAAAAAAAAUAAUGAAAAAAUAACUUAAAUUGAAAAAGAAAUUAGAGGGAAUAGAACAGGUCCAAAUAUAGAGCCUUGUGGGACUCCUUUUUUUUAAAAGAACAAAUGUAAACCAGUGUGCUCUGCAAAAAGAAAACAAAACCAAAACAACAAAUUAAAACAAAAUUACAACUAUUUAAACAAUUAAAAAGUUAAGAGAUUUAACUUGAUAGAAAUGCUUAACAGUGAACUAAAUGAGUGUAAAUAUCAAACGGGUAUAGGUGACUAAAAAAAGAAAAAAUAUGGUAUCAUCUGCGUAUAUUUGAACAUUUACAUUAGACUUACACUGCAGAGAUUUUUUAAUUAUAGAGAAAAAAAUGAUGUCCAAGAAUGGAGCCUUGAGGGAUCCCACUGUGGUAAAAAAAACAUUAAAAAUCCACUUUUAAACAAGAAGGCCGACUUUAAGAUUGAGACGGUGAAAUUAUUGAAGAGAUUUACACCAAUAAAAAAGGACGACAGUGAACUCUGUAAGUGUGAUUCACAAAGCUGAUUUAAAGUAGAAAGAAGCUGCAAUAAGGAAGAAAAUUCACACCCAACAGUUUGUCUAAAAGUGAUUUUCCUGACUUUAAAUCAGGCGUGGACUGAUUUACAGUUACAGAAGGUUGAAACAGUUUUUACAGCAGCUUUAACUUUGUGGGAAAUCGUCUCUUUAAGCGUUUCUUGAAAAGUUACAGAAACAUGUCGACGUUCGCUGUGAAUCACGGGGGAGCUGUUUGAUUUAAAGUGUGAAAAGUUGUAUUUUAUUUUAUCAGCGUUAUAACAGCCGGAGAGUGUGACAGUCAGACGGAGGAGAGGAGUGAGAGAAUGGAAACAGAGAGAGAGAGAGAGAGAGAGAGAGAGAGUGAGAGAGAGAGGGAGAGAGCAUUAGCACAGAGGUGAUACAGGAUCACAUAGUGUCUGCCAGGCUGCUGAGAGUCUGUCAGAGGUGAUAAUAGGUCUAACACACACACACACGCACACACACACACACACACACACACACACACACACACACAGAUGUGAGCGAGCAGCUCCGGCGUGGAAGUGGUGAGGCGGUUCGAAAUGUGGCGAUGGAGUCCUGCUCCGAACACGAGCGUCUUUCCUCUCUGCUGCACCGGCGUCCAAAAAAACAAGAUGAAAUAAAAACCUUUAAAUUUUUGUUUAAUUCAUGAAUCUGCAGAAAGAAAACGACAAACUUCUUAGAGUUAACAACAUAAAUAUCUUUUACAUUGUUUUCAAAUGAUUAAUUAUGGCUUGCAUUAAAGACAGUUGCUAGUUUCCGCAAGAUUCCAAUUUUGAGCGAACAAGAAACUUAUGACACUGUCUUGGAUGCUUAAAAUAGUUUUCCUGUGGGCCUAGAGUAUCUUUUUCUAAAAGAUGUAUAUCUUGAGUGCACAACGGAUCUUCCUUUCAGGAGAUAAUUAUCUUGAACGUGCAAGAUAGUCGCUCAUUUAUUCAAUGUUGUUAUUUGUGCGUCCAAGAUAACUUUUUACACCUUUGUGCUCCAAAAACGAUCCUCUGAGCACAAAAGAAAAUGAUAUCCUGACCUCCUGUUUAGUUACCCUGAUCUGACAUGAUACCUUUUUUAUCUUGUGCGCACAAGAUAUUAACUCAUUUUCACGAGAUUAUAGCCUUAAAUUCACCAAAAUUAACUCUCUUAUUUGCACAGAUAACUAGUUUUCUCAAGGUUGUUAUCUUGCAAAAACAAGAUAGUAAGAGUUUAAUUCCAGGGCGUCUUCUAUGGGUGUGAAGUUUUGGUCUCUUAAAGGUUAGAUUGUUUAAUUUUUAUGUAUCUUUUGUUGUUUUUGUUGUUUUUCUUGCGCAGGAACACUUCUGGAGUUUGGAUAAAGCAGAAACCAAAGUGGCGCCGAGACUCACCAUCCAGGUCUGGGACAACGACAAGUUCUCCUUCGACGACUAUCUGGGUAAAAAUGCGCCAAACGCUUUGAUUCGCCUAUUUUUUGUGUCAAAUUUCAGUCAUCUUUUUUGAAGUCUUUGGCAAUAAACGCAGAUGUUUCUGGUUCCAUGACCCCGAUAAUAAAAUCACUUGAUAGUAAAUAUAAUCCUGCAGCUUUAGAGGGUGUCGUUUCCAGAAAAAUACCAUAAAAGUCAAAUUUUGGCUCUUUUUGAGAUGAUAUUUGAGGUAAAUCUCGAACCUGAACGCGCGGAAGGUAAUGCCCUUUUCAUCAAACUCCCUCGGAAAACAGAAAACACUCUGAGAACUGUUUUUAAUUUAAAUUUACACCAGAAUAACUACAGGCUUACUGGAAACGACUCCAUAUGUCCAAGAUUAAUAUCUAUUAAAAUAAGUUAGGGCUGAUCAUAAAAGCCGAGCGGACUUAGUUUCUGACACACAGACACUUUCUCCUGAUCUUUGGCUCGUGUCGGAGCGAUAAAUCCAUCCAGGAAACCACAUGUGAGACAAACUCCAGCGAUAACAUUUAUCUUCUGAAUUAACGCUCCUUCAUUUCCACCGUGUUGGCACAUUUCAGACGCAGGAAGGCCUCCUCCUUUUAUUUUCUCUCCUCCGGAGCUCAAGCUGUCAAAAUUCCGCCUCUCCUUCACCCUUGACGCUGCCCCGGCCUCGUCCCCUCGAAUAACUCACCGCCCUGCCUCUCCUCUUUCGCUCGCUCCUGCUCCAUUUCACCUCCUCAAAGACGGGGGCAAAGGGGCGUGCGUUUGCGGGGAGGACGAUGGGGAAUCCAGGCUCCGGUGCGUUCCUGUCUGUCACCGUUGCGCUCGGCCGCCUCAAAGCGUUUCUUUCAUUCCGGCCUGUCUUCGGCUCGUCAGCUGGGACUGCUGGCGGUUAAUGUUCCUGCACGGCGUGAGCGUCAGACACGAGCCGUUUUCCCUCCAUCACGCCGUUAGACUUUUAGUGGACACCGAGGAUCUCCCCUCCAGAGUUAAAGUCAACACCGAUCAAAACAGCGCCAACAGGAUGGUCCAUAAUCCUGCUUCAUAUAGAUCUCAAGGCUCAUAUCCUCGAACCGUCUCCUCGCCUGAUACGGCUCAUAGUUUGGUCUCACACUGAGGUUUUCGUUUGGUUUUAGAGGGAGAGUAAGACCAGAUCUGUUACCCAGAACGAGCCACAUCCAACAUCAAGGAAUGCAGAGGUCAGAAGGACCUCAAAAAAACCUUACCCCCAAUUUUCACCUUGGAAUGGCUCUGAUCUGGAAUGGCGGCGAUUUUCACCGUCUGCCAAUUCCAACUGGAUCCGUUGGUGAGGCGAAUUUCGUGGUGGAUAAACAGACUUGAGGAACUUUAAGAACUUUGAGGCGUCACAAUCAAAACAUGAAGUUUGAUGAGUUUGUACCUCCCCAUAAAUCCUCCUCGGUUUGUGUCAGCUGAUCACUGUCACCCUCCAACUGUCUGAGUUAGGGCUGGGUCGUAUGUCCUCAUAUCGAUAUCACGAUAUAUUGAUCAGUUCACCUCGAUAACGAUAAAUGGACGAUAACUACUCCACGAGCUGCUCACCCCCUCCCACAUUAACUUCGUCUACUUCAGCCGCUACAACUUUCUCUCCGUCCUCCAUCUCCUCACCUGUCUUUCCCUCUUUGUUACAGACUGGAUGGGGUGGAGUCACGUCUCUGAUGUAGGACAGCGUCUUACCCUGAAUUUCCACCACAUUCAAAACAGCUCCGUCCGCCAAUUCCUAUUGCCAGAUGAUCCUUCUGAAAUACGAAGUGUUUAUUUUGUGUCUGUGCCCGACUUCCUUCCGAUCUGUGCUGAAUUUAUCCGGCAUGCUCCGGCGUCCGGAGAAAAUAGAACUCCCUCAGCAAAACAGAAAGAAGCCGGUGGAAAUUGACACGUUAACUUGACAGCUACAAUCAGCGGAAAUGGCCUUUUCGUAGCCAGAACUUGCAAGAACUUCUCGUUCAGACUUUGUCAAUCUUCGUGCUCGUCAAAAAAGACCGAUAGUUGUAAUGGCGUCCUUGUCAGGGUUUUCCUUUCUGAGAUCUUAUCCUGUUUCUCUCUGCAGGUCACCUGGUGAUGGACCUGAACCACAUGCUGCGCCCCGCCAAGUCUCCGGAGAAGUGCACCCUGCAGCUGCUCCAUCAGCCGGCGGACAAGCUGGUGUCUCUGUUCGAGCAGAAGACGGUGAAAGGAUGGUGGCCCUGCACCUGCGACCAGAACGGGGAGAAGAUCAUCGCAGUGAGAAACACCGACACGCAAACUAAACCACUUUGACCAAACGAGGACAGGACUCAUCGUCUUGUUCUUGUGUCCUCAGGGGAAGGUGGAGAUGUCUCUGGAGAUCGUGACGGAGCAGGAACAAGACGAGCGCCCGGCGGGACACGGCAGGGACGAACCCAACAUGAACCCGCACCUGGAGGAGCCCAAGUGAGUCUUGCACAUAAACACACACAUCAUCUACGUAACGCACAAAUCCGGGUCCUCAUCCUGUCCUCCUCCUCCAGGCGGCCGGAGACCUCCUUCCUGUGGUUCUCCUCCCCCUAUAAGACCCUCAAGUUCAUCCUGUGGAGGCGGUUCAAGUGGUUCAUCAUCCUCUUCAUCAUCCUCUUCUUCAUCCUCCUCUUCCUCGGCGUCUUCCUCUACUCCUUCCCGGUAGGUUUGAGUUCGUGACGAAGACAGAGAGAGGAAACGAGGUCCGAAUGACUCAGCUUUCUUUCUUCUUCUGCAGAACUACGCCGCCAUGAAGAUGGUGGGACCUUUCGGACCGGCGAAGUCGGCCGAGUGAUGACGAAGGAGACGAGGGAGGAAAGGAAGCGAGGAGAAACUGAGGACAUGAGGGACAGUGUGGAGUUGGCGAGGAGUGAAAUGAGGCUGUGAUGAUGAGGUUUCUUCUUCUUUGAGUCUUUGAGUUCAUGCGUCACGUCUCGGAGGUUAUUCGGGGCGAGCGUUCCGCCGCAGCGAUGAACUCGUGACCUCGCUCAGACUGUGCGUGUGAAGAUAAGUUUACUCGCUCACGCCCGAGGUUCACAAACGCUGUCAUUUGUGUGUUUGUGUCCGUUUUGUGCCUUUCCUGUCAGAUCUGUGCGUUUCCGUUCUCGACAAACCCCGCUUCUCUGCACUGAGCGCGCUCCUCGGCUCCCCGUCAGAUCUCAGCAGGUGUCUCGCGUCUCUUCGUCAUCCCUGCGUCACCUCUUUCAUCCCUCUCCCCGUCUCGUCUGCGCUCACGCAGAGAAGAAGGGGAGGAUAACAAACGCGGCCAUGUUGGGAAAAGCAGGAAGCGGAAUCAAAGGUUGUGAUGUUGUUGCCUGAUCUUUCGCCCCCUGCUGUGUCUGCGCCGCUCAGCGAGGCAGCGUCGGGUCAGGCAGCGGUGACGGAGCGCCUACAAAACUUUCUGGCUUUAAAAACUCUGUGAAGAAGAAUCUUUAACAGGAUCUGAUCCUCUUUGAUUCAACUUUAAUGCUAACAUCAUCAUGUGCUGCGUUCAAGUGCAAUCAGACGUCUGAGCUCUCUGUGUGUUUGAGCUCUUUUUUAGCUGCUUCUUUCUUCUCUUGAGCUUCAUAUCUCUGCGUCUGUUUAUGCCCCUCCUUUUUCUUCUCCUCCUUUACUCCAUCUUCACCUCUUUUUCUGUCCGAUUCCAAAAAAAACAGGAUGCUUAAAACAGGAUCUGAUCGUUUGUGAAUCAUUUAUCUUCAUAUCAGACGCUGAAACUGAAAAAUAGAACAGUUAGAUGAUAAAAUGUCCUCGAUUUAAAUUUGAUGGAUGUUUUAAAGAAGUUUGGACGGAGACAAAAAAAACUAAAAACUCAUUUCAGAGAAGACGAGUCCCUCAGAGGUCAGGGUGGGAAGAAAUUUUAUGUCUUAUAUCCCUAAUUUAGGUUGUUUUAUUUACUAUGUUGCAGGAUAUGUGCUUUUAUUUUGAAGUCUUACGGGCAAAACCCAAAGGAUCCGGAACGGCUCCGCUCUGAUCCGGCACGGCAGGUGGAUCAAAUACGCAAGCAUUAUAAUCAAUGUGAGUGAUUCCACAGAAUCCGCCCGCCGUCUGGCUCCGCUGCGGCUCAGAUAGGCAAGGCAACAUGCAAGAUGUCAUGAGAGCUUGUCUAGUCUCGCGAGAACUAUCGGUAAUAUCGGGAGAGCUUCUCUUCCAAUGGCGGCAGAAGACCAGAUCCGGUGGGCGCUGUAUGCUUGCGUAUUUGAUCCGCCUAUUGGUCGGGAGUGGAGCGGAAUCGUUCUGGAUCCAGUGGAAUCCCCUUGUUAGCUUCUCCCCGUAGAUCGUGAAUUAUGGAAUUGAAUGAAAACGGUUUAAACUGUUAGAAAGAUGGUCUGCUUCUUCUGCUUCUUCUUCUUCUUCAUCUUCUCAAAUUUAGGACCUGAGCUCUGAACUCACCGUAUUACCUUUAGCUUAUUUUCAGAUUUCAUAUUCUGAUAAUGACACCAGGGAUCGACACGAACUUUUAUCACAAGUUCUCCUAAGUUGAAAAAGUAAGGAGCACACAAAGAACUUUCGGGGCACAAUGAGAAUUGAUCAAAUAAUGUUUGUCUUAUUGAUCGACCUUAGUACGAUUAUUUGAAAUCAAUUUUAGGUCAAUUGGUCACAUGACAUGGAAGCUAUUGAAGGAAAACAGCCUUUUUUCCAAGAACAUCAACCGGUAAUUUAUUGAUGGUCCCUCAAUUAACACCCGACGUUGACAGCGAGGGUACCGCAGUGAACGUUCGUCAGAUAUCCAACCUAAAACUAACUUCACCUCAAUAUGGCUAAUUUUUUUAAUGCGCACAUGUGCCUCUAGAUACCAUAAAUACCAAUACUUAUCAAUAUCGGUAUUGAUGGUAACCGUCAAAGUCAGACACCGUCCUUUAGUUGGACGACUCUUUUUUUGGAAACCGUGGACCUGCUGGAUCCUUCGCUGACUUUUUCGAGCUGCUGAAAUCUACAUCACGCUUUGAAAACUCCAGAAACUGGUCUCCAUGGUUCCCGAAGGUUUACAGAAGUGAUGCAAACCACAGAAAUCUGAUUUUCUCCUCAUAUCACAGCGUCCUCACUCUUCUCUAAAGUUCCCAUCUCUCCUCCUCCUCGUCUUCCCUUCUGCGUCACACCUCCUCCUCUCUGAGCUUCACCCCUCCUCCUCCUCCUCCUCCUCCUCCUCUCUCAGGGUUUAGCGGGUUAAGUCGGGGAUUUGCUCUUGUUGAUGUUGAGCUUUAUUAGGACAAAGUGUGUUUUCAGAGAGAUCGAUGUGCGCUGAUAAGGACAUUAAACACACACUCAUGCGGUGCCAAAGAAACCCAGAGAGUUAGCCUGAGCUUAACCCGUGUGACUCCAGUGUGUGUGUGUGUGUGUGUGCGUCAGAUCAUGAGACAGUGUUAUUUGUGUUUGUGCGUCCGCCUGCUGCAGACGUUUUUGGGUGUGUGUUUAAGGUCGGAACAGGAAAAGUUAAGGAAGAGGGGCUUUAACGCUCAGUGUGUGCAGGAUUUCCUCAAGUACAGUACGUGUUUGAGGGGUUAUCUUCGGGGGCGUCGAGGGUCUUUUGAUCCUUAAAUAGUCCCAAAGAGCAAACAAGAACCCGGACGGUUCAGGUCACGCCGAAAAACCAAGUGACAAAUAACGGUUCAGAGUUUUAAGGUGUUCGCUCAGUUGGUGGAAAAAUUGACUUCGUCCCAUUUGGUUCAUUUUUUCGUUUCACACCAGCGGAUUAUUGGCCGACCGGGCCUCGUUAAGAGGAGGUCACAUGGACUCGAAAGCUGCUCAGUUAUUGGACAGAGUUUUGGAAAGCUGCGGUCCUGUCAGGUUAGGAGGACUCCGACUCCAGUGAAGCAUCGUAGGAGUUUUAAAACCCGUCUGAACCCGAGCGCCAGUCCAGACACGCUUCCUGUCUCCUCGACCCUUUAAACUACGACGCGUUAGUUUUGAUUCCAGAGAAAACUGGACAUCAAAGUCUGAAUCGACAACAGUGAAGAAGUUGUGACACCAAAAACCUUCAAACAGUAAAAAAAAACUUGAAAUCUGUUUACACAAAUCACUCAAAGCUCCUGGGAAGAACUUUGGCGCCCCCUGUGGCCAAAGUAAACUUUGUCCUCUACAUCCUCUAACAGUUCGACACUACCCGCCGACUUUUGAAAGUCAAAUCGAUCAUCUAUCGUGAAUAUUUGAGAUGGAAAUUGGUUUGAUUUUAGAUAUCGUAAAAUGUCAUCAAAACGAGUUCCAGUCUGUUUCAUAAAUGUUAAAAACUCGUCACAGGAGCUGAAAGUAAAAGACAAAAGUGCUAAAACUAACGGCUCAUUGACGACCUUUUUAAUGAAAUUGUGUUUUUGUUUGGCAGUGUGUUCAUGUAAUAAAAUAUUGCGCAAAAAAAACAAGAAAAAGAGUGAAAAUUUCUACUAUCUAGAGAAGGAUGUGUUCUAGUUGUCGUUUGCCUGAGAUGACGACAGUAUCAGAGUUUUUUUUAACAGAUUUUAGAUGUUGGACUUUAUUUGUUUUUGUUUUGAAGAUCCUGCUGACGUAAACAUUCAUGUGGAUCCACUCAGAUAAUCCUGUUCUCUAGUUUUAUUUUAUGUAUAUAUAAAAAAAUACUUCAUUCUGCAAAUUUCUUUUAAAACACUCAGCUGUGUCUUCGAUCGUGACAUUCAACUCUAAACUUUCGCUGCCUUGACAAACAGUCACACCUGCUGCCUUUGUCGUCUUUGUGAAAGAAGAAAUAGUUUAACACUUUGGAGACUAUGCUAGGAGUCUGUUAGCUUAGUUUAGCUUAGCAUCAGGACUGGGAACACCUGCAGAAAGCUGGUCUGGCUUUGUCAGCGAACUCUCUUUUCAAUCAGCGACUAAUGACUGAUUCCCUCCAUGCUUGGACGCAUCAGUCUCAGACUUUCUGUAGGUUUCCUCAUCAACUAGCAACGUUGAACUUGUUGGUCGUCAGAUAGUUUGGCUAAUACGUUAUCUGCGGUGAAGACCCAACCUGUGCUGGGAUUGCGAGGCCGCCAUGGUACCUUCGUGUACACGUAGUUAUCUGCAGGUAUAUCCAAGGUCUUGGUCAUGUUGACAGGAACUUGGACUUUGACAUGAACAGACAUGAAGGUGAACUUGCACGCCAAGUUCAAACCAAUUAGUAUUUGAUGCUCGAGUCUUGAGUCCUGGUUGAAUCUUGAGUUACGAGUUCUGACAAUCAAAACAGACUUGAGUCUAAGUCCUAGGGCUCUAUCUUUGUGCCUCGCCAGCGGCAUGGCGCAGGCGCGGCGUAGGUCAGGUCUGCCGUGCCGACAAGGUGUGCCCAUGCACAUUUUGGUAUUUUGGUGAGCGGCGCAGCACGAUGUAAGUGUCCCCUCUCCCCAGCUCAGCUCCUCCCAGCGGCAUAAGUCGUUAAGAGGGCGGAGAGAAGGCGUGGAGUGGGUUUAACACAGUCGAGACCUGUUUUCACCAAUCACAUCAGCUCCUCUCCUCACCUUCAAAUCUUCCACCUUCUCAUGGGCGGGAUAAAAAAAGAGACAUGCAUGUUUAAGACAGAUGAAAUGCGUAAUUUCAUCUUUGUGAUAUGUGAGAGAUCGUGUUUCUUUGGACUGAAUUAGCAUAAAACCCAAAAGUUAAACUAUUUCUUUGAAGGUUUUUCUUGAUGCUGUAGAGGGAGUGUAGUUGGUUUAUGUGCAAAACUACUAAAAAAAACCAAACUUGACUCUUUCUCUGGGAAAAUGCUGCACUGUGCUUCAGCUUUAACGCGAGGAUCCUUCUGCUGUCGACUGUAAUAAACUCAAGAUGCCAUAAAAACUGCACUAAAUGAGGAACUGUUGGGACUCUGUGAAACCGGUUUGAAGUCCCUGUGUUGUUUUUGUAAAUCGUCGGUGUUUUUGACGGAGAGGUGAAUGUUUUCUGGGAGAUACAGACUGAAUGUAUUCAUGACAAAGCUUCUAUUUGACUUUAUAUCUACAAAGAGCAAUACAGUGUGCACUGCAUUAUGGGUCAGUAUUAUCAAUAAAACCGCAUUUCCGAUGAGUCCUGUGUGAUUUUUUUUCUUUUAUUGAUAGAAGAUCUAAAAAAAAACUGAAUCAUGAACUUCCUGUAUGAGUGACUUAAGUCUGUUUAACGUCCUAGCUUCCUUGCCAAUCACCCGGCUUUGUUAAAUACUUAAUUCUGAUUGGUCUAAACUGACUGACACCCCCCUGAAGAUGGUUGGUGAUUCUGCACAACUCGAGCAACGCCAAAGAUGAGCUGAUCACAAACACCAGGUCAAAUCAAUCCACAGAGAAUAGUCCCAGAACGUUCAAUAAAUCAGUAAUUUCUUAACUGUUAGGCUGAUCAACAUUUACAUAUAAUACUGGAACUUUUCUGACCAUCCGGACUAUCAGAGGGACUGUUUUUCUGUCUCUAUGUACAUCAAUUUUUUAGGAUCCAAUGGGGGAACACACAACUCGAAAUGUAUCAUCUGUCAUGAAAACGCUCUUUAUGGUUCAAGUUUGAUUUGUGUUUUUAAAAAAUUUGAAAGAAAUUGUCUGAACUGAAUUAUUUCUUCACUGUGCAAAAUUCUGCAUCAGUGGACACAGGCCCUAAAGCUACAGAGAGGGAAUUUUGUAAUGUUUUUGGUGCCCCCCUGUGGUCACCUCUUUUACUACAAUAACUGCUUUUUUCCCCUUUAAUCAGAAGAUAUCUUUUGGUAAUCUCAGUGAUAACUGUUUGGUUUGAAUGGAGGAUAGGUGAUUCCAGGGCAAAAUACUGCGUCAGUGGACACAGGCCCUAAUUCUCCUGAGAGGGACAUUAGCAGUACUUUUAGUGCCCUCCUGUGGUCACCUUUGUCACUACUAUUACAGUUUUGUCCUUUAAUCAGAAGAUAUCUCUUGUAAUAUAUCAUUGGGAACUAUGUUUGUUUUAAGUGAAGGACAGGUGCUUCCAGUGAAAAAUACUGCAUCAGUGGACACGGGCCCUAAAGCUACUGAGAGCAACUUUUGUAGUGCUUUUAGUGCCCCCUGUGGUCAUAUCUUUUACAACAAUAAUAAACGUUUUUUUCCCCUUAAUCAGCAGAUAUCACUUGUCAUAUGUCAAUGAUAACUCAAACUGUAUAAAGUUUGAGUGGCAGACAGGUGCUUCCAGUGAAAAAUACUGCGUCAGUGGACACAGGCCCUAGAGCUACUUUGAGGGACUUUUGUGAUGUUUUGGAGCCCCCUGUGGUCACCUCUUUUACUACAAUAAUAAAUGCUUUUUUCCCCUCUAAUCAGCAGAUAUCUCUUGUAAUAUCUUGCGUAGGCGUUUUGAGUCCGCUGACCUGGUUGUGAACCUGCAGCGUCUGCAGAAGUCCAAGUGAAAACUCUCAUUUGACGGAUUCCUCUCUUGAGCUUCCACGGCCCUAAAUUAUGACUUUGCCUCCUUCCCUCCAUCUCCUCCAUCCCUCCUUCCACUCGUCUGUCCCUCCUGAUACCACAUCAUUCCCAUCCUCUCACUUUUUCCCUUCACUCCUUCUGUCUCCUUCUCCCCCUCCUCCUCCUCCUCCUCUCCUCCUCAGGGGUGUUGUUAUGGUCAACGUGAACUGCAGGUGAACCUCUGACCACAGAGUGUGUGUAUGUGUGUGUAGAGAAGUGUGGGUGGUCCUCCAUCUCCCUCUCAUUUACUCUGACCUUCACUGUCUUCCUCCUCUUCCUCCUCUUCUCUAAACACACGUCUUCUCCCGCUCACCCGGCUCUGACCUCCCUCUGUUUCAGACUCCUCCAGUAGUUUCACUUCUUAUCACUUCCUCUGUCACACUUUGUGUGUUUUUUGGCUUUGUCCGCGCUGCAGCUGCGAGUGUCCACGUCUGUUUUGUUUAGUUUUUUUUUCUCUCAUUAAAGUGAAAAAUUUCUAACUCGAAAAGUUGAAACUUCCAGAGAAAAGAAAGUAAAACAAGGUGGACAAAUAUUCGUCACGGGGUCACAUAUUUUCCAGGAUUAGGGGUUCCACAGGGAUCAAUCUUGGGACCCCUUAUCUUGACCUGAAUUUAACGGCUUUUUACGAUUUGGGAUCCUGUAAUUUAACGCCAGUAUCAGUCAUGACACUGAUCUUGUAGCUGUCGCUCAGUGAAGGGCUUGAUGAUAAACUGAAAAUUAACAGAUACCGAACUUUACGACAAUUACCAACGUCAUUUUGUCCAUAACGGUAUAUUCGAUGUCAAAAAAAUAGAUAAAUAAAAGUUAGUUUUGGAUGUUUGUAGGUAGGCUAUGGUCUCAUGUCCCUUUGACCUCCAAUUUCCACUGCAUCCGGAACGGCUACGAAAAGGCCGUAUCUGCUGAUCAUAACCAUUCAAGUUAAUGUGUCAAUUUCCAUCGGGUUCUUUCGGUUCCUCUAUGGAUCACCGAACUCCACAAGAGUUCUAUUUUUUACAGACGAUAGAACAUGCCGGAUAAAUUUAGCACAGAUUAACCCAUGCUGGAA